AUGGAAUACUCCAAAGACAACAUCAGCCAGUCCAAGGACGUAGAUGCUGAAUGGAGGAGAAUAUUUUUAGAAAAAAUGCAAGAGAGAGGGUUAAAUCUACAAGAGAAAACCUUGGAAAACAUAAAACAUCAUGGAGAACAAGAGGCCAAAUUAAAGAAGACUGCUCCACCCGAUGAACUGACAAAAGAGUGGUUCAGCGAAGAUAAAUUGUCCGUGGACACUAGAGCUUAUCUGCUUGAAAAGUUAAUGCCAACUAUAGUGCCUGGCUUGGAAGCUGUGCUUAAAGAAGUUGAGAAAAAGAAGGUUUUGGAAGGUGGUUCUGUGAAGUUUGACCCUGUUAAUUUUUUGGGAGAGUAUCUCAUGAGGAAUAAACCUGAGUUUAGUGUAGGUUCUCAUGCACAUCCAUAUGUCCGAGGCCUAAGAGAGGUAGUUGCAAAUCUCAAAGAUCAGGUUUUCGACCUUGAAUUCAACAGGUGAGCACCUUCAUUGACUUACAAUAUUCAGCUUUACUUUCUGGUUAAUUACAUCACUGGAGUUAAUUUUAUAUUGUGUACUUUUGUAUCUGCCAUAUUCUAGCACUGUAUGAUUUUUCUAUAAUACUUAAAGGGACUCUAUAGUCACCCAAAUAACUUUAGCUUAAUGAAGCAGUUUUUGUGCAUAGAUCAUGCCGCUGAGGUCUCACUGCUCAAAUCUCUGCCAUUUAGGAGUUAAAUCACUUUUGUUCAAGUCCAUGCAGACCUAGCCACAUCUCUCCUGGCUGUAAGUGACACAGACUGCAUGAAACACAUUGCUUUAUUUUUCACUCAGAUGUUAACUGACUUUAGAAGUCUCCUGGUCUUUAAUUUUAACUUCAAUCACAGACAGGACGCUCCUGCAAACUCUGCAAUCUAUUAACAGUAUGAAAAUAAGACAUUCUAAAUUAAACAGACUGGGCAAUAAAGGAAGUGUAACAUUUGAUCGCUCUUUACAGGAAGUGUUUAGGAAGGUUGUUAAAGUCACAUGCAGAGUAGUUGUGAUUAGGGCUGUAUAAAUAAAGUGUGUUAACUUAUUAAUGUCAGAGAAUUGAGCAGUGAGUACGUAGAGACAUGAUCUAUACACCAAAACUGCUUCCUUAUGCUAAAGUUGUUUUGGUAUCUAUAGUGUCCCUUCAAUUGAUCUUUGACAGCUCCCAGGAAAUGUAGGCCCACUUGUUCUUUAUAUUAACAUUGGCAAUCUAACAGAAUGUAAUACUAUUAGCUUCUAACAAAAAGUAUUUGUUGGGUAAUGAGGUUGAAAGGUCAUGGCUGCCUCUGUAGUUAGACCUGAGGCUUAAGAGGGUUCAGGGGCUGCUUAAGACAUCUAGUAAGGACCCAAGAUACCACAUUAAUUAUGUGUAUGUCCAGGGGCAUACCUAGAGCAUGUGGCACCCGGGCCAGGUCCUGGGUUUGGCAGCCCCCCACCCCCACUCUCCAAAAAAAACAACCCAAAAAACACCUACUAAAUUUUUAAAAUGUGUUCUUUUUUUACAUUUUUAAAAAAAUGUAUUGAACAAAUUUGUAAACUUUUUAAAACCCCUGCCCCCUUCUACAAAAUCCCUGCACUCCCUCACAAACAGUUACAGGCAGACAGUCACACACAGUUACUAGCAGACAGUCACGCGCACACAGUCACAUGCAGACAGUCACACACAUAGUCACAGGUAGUAGUCAUACACACAGUUACAGGUAGAGAGUUACACACACACACAGUCAGUUACAAGCAGUUACACACAGUCGCGCACACUGUUACAGGCAGUUACAGCCACACACAUACACAGUUACAGGCAGUUACACACACAGUUACAUGCAGACAGUCUCACACACACACACAGUCACAGGCAGACAGUAACAAACAGUUACAGGCAGCUUCACACAGUCACAGGCAGACUGUCACACACAGUCACAGGCAAUCUCACACACACAGUUACAGGUAGAGAGUUACGCACACACACAGUUACAGGUAGACAGUUACACACACACAGUUACAGGUAGAGAGUUACGCACACACACAGUUACAGGCAGACCGUUACACACACACAGUUACAGGUAGACAGUUACGCACACACACACACAGUUACAGGCAGAUCGUUACACACACACACACUGUUACAGGCAGACAGUUACACACACGAACACACAGUUACAGGCAGACAGUUACAGGCAGACAGUUACACACACACACACACACACACAUUUACAGGCAGACAGUUAUACACACACACACACACAGUUACAGACACACACACAAGACAGACAGUCACACGCACACACACACACACACACACACACACAGAGUUACAGACAGAUAGUCACACACACACACACAUACACAGUUACAGACAGACAGUCACACACACACACACAUACACAUAGAGUUACAGACAGACAGUCACACACACACACCGCGGUUACAGACAGUCACACACACACACACACACAGGUUACAGACGGUCUCACACACACACAGAGUUACAGACAGACAGUCACACACACACACACACACACACACAGUUACAGACAGUCACACACACACACACAGAGUUACAGACAGUCACUCACACACACACACACAGAGUUACAGACAGUCACACACAGAGUUACAGACAGACAGUUACACACACACACAGUUACAGACAGACAUUCACACACACAUAUUUACAGGCAGACAGUUAUACACACACAUACUCUUACUUACAGACAGUGUGGGCUGGAGGAGUGGGUUCCCUGAAGUCCUUCCCUGGCUGGAGCCUGUUAGGUGGAGAGGCAGGGAUUUCUUCUUGCGGCACCACCAUGUGCAGCAGUAACAGCAGCUCCGCCCCUAAAUGUAUGUAGCUCCACCCCCUUCUUCCUUCCGUGCAGCCGGUUAACCGUCCCCCAUUAGCCCUCAGUCCAGGGUCAUGUCACCCCCCUACCAGGUGGCACCCGGGGCAGAACUCCCCCUCCGCCCCUCCCUUAGUCCGCCACUGUGUAUGUCAUAUGCAGGGGAGGUGUGACUAGUUCUACAUAAACAUGCAGAUUUAACUACUAAAUGGCAGAUAAUUGAGAAGUGAGAUUGCAGAGACAUGAUCUAUACACCAAAACUGCUUCAUUAAGCUAAAGUUGUUUUGGUGACUAUAAUGUCCAUUUAAAGGACCACUAAAAGCAGCCAGACCACUUCAGUUCAAUUAAGUGGUCUGGCUACAGUGAUCCAUUAGUUUUUUUUGGGUUUUGUUUUUUAAUGAUUUUCAGGAAUAAAGCAAAACAUUGACAUUAAGAGCAAAUAGCUACCUUGGAGUUUAUUUGGUUCAUACAGUUAUUCCUAGAAAUAACGUUUGAAAUGCUCACCAAUAGGUAUGCUAUUGUUGGCAAUGCAGGUUAUGGCCUGUGAUGCAGUCUCAAAUCACCAAGAUGGGUUGAAAUACAAUCCUAUUCGGUACAUGUAAGAAAGUAAUAAGUAUAACUGAUACAAACAAAGUAACAGCUGUCUGACCAUAACCCAGGCCCUCCCCAGGGAUUGUUUUAUGGUAGAUAUUUGAAAUGCAAGUGCCAGUAAACUAAGGUUAUGAACUAAACAGUUAGAGGAACAGGAGCCUGUAUGAGCAAUAUGGAAGAAGCCAUGAAUUUGACCAUUGGUUUCUGCUAUGUCUCUGCUCGUGUGUGGAGAUAUUCUGUCAAUGGUCGCCAUGUCUCAGAGGACUGUAAGAGUUUGUAUAUCUGUAACAGAGUCCUUCGUAAUGGUCUCGGUUUCAGACCUAGAGUUUCAAAUUGAGUAAGAUCUUGUUUUGGAGGAGGGAGUGUAAGAGAGCGUCCAUUCAUUUUAACCCUGCAAUGUAAAGCACUACCAUGUUAGUAGAUAUGACGAUGCUUACAUUGCAGGGUUAAAUACACUUCUAGUGGUUGUCUUCCUGACAACCACUAGAGGUGCUUCCACUCUGUGACCCGAUCUAAACUCUGUUCUCACAACUUCCAUUCCAUUGGAGGAGCACAGUGCUGGCCAUGUAUGCACUUCUUGUCCACAAAACUUUUCUCUGAGGAGCACUGGAUUGGCCAAAAAAGUCAGCAUGAUGUCGCUUUAGUAAAUAAUCCUAUUAGACCACCAACACUGAGCUGAUGGGAAAAAAAUAGAGUUGCAAAAUGUGAAAUGGUUGGAGUGGAAAUGAAUGCUGUACUGAGCCUUUUCACCAAUCAAACUCAUAAAUAGACUUCAUAGAUAUCCACUCUCACUCUUCCAAUUUGUUACCAGAUUUUAAAUCCACUAAAAUUCCCAUAACUGUUUGCUUAUCAUACAAUAGGCUUGGCCAGCUGAGAGAAGAACUGAAGGAAUCCCAAAACCAGAGAGCACAAGUGCAAAACAUCCAGUCUCAGAUCAAGCAGAGAAGGAAAGGAGCUUUGUCUCUCCAAUUUCAAGAGUGGACCUUGGAUGUGACGGGGAGAAUCCCUCUAGCACUGGUGAGUGCAGUUAAUUGAAGGAGGAUAGACAUCUAUACACAAAAUACAAUAAUCUAUUGCUUUGUUUAAACCUUAAUCAUCUAAAUCAGUGGUUGUUAAAUAGUACCGCAAAUAUUUGUGGCUAUGGCAGGGCAGCACUAUUCAUACAUUACCCAUUAUGAUGACAUUAUUCUAGGAAACAUGUGGGAUAUGUUAAAACUGUCAAAAUGUUGUUGUAGAUUAAGCUGUUCCCAUCUCCCCCAAUGAUGCUACGAUCUGUGUUUUUUUGAACGUCAAUUAGAAAUAAUCACAAAGAAAACAAAAGAGAGUCGUGAAAAAUAAGUCCUAUAUAUGUAAUGUUUUUUAUUAGUUCUGGAGGUUUAACCCCUUAAGGACACAUGACAUGUGUGACAUGUCAUGAUUCCCUUUUAUUCCAGAAGUUUGGUUCUUAAGAUGUUAAACUGUGCCUCUUAUAUACACUUUUACAGUUUUGUUCAGUUGCCCAUUUUUAUGUUUUUAUUCUUCCUUAUUCUUUGAACCAGGGGUGUCCAAACUUUGCCCUGGGGAAGUGCCAGAUCAGCAUAAUUUCUUUCUCUUCAUUGAAUCUAGCUUUCGGUUUUGGCCAUGUAGCUCCCUCUAUUUUACCAUGGAGAGGCGAAACACUCAAGAACAAGUAACUUUUGUAAUUAAGCUUUAAAGAAUGUAUAUGUGACCAUGUUCCUUUGUUUCCAGGUACAAAGUGCCCUCAAGUCAUUUCUUGAAGUAAUCCUUCAACUUCAACAAGAGGCUAAACCAGGUACCUGGAGUACAGGCUAAAGAUCAGAGACAGGGUGUUAGGUCUAAGGUCUAAUGAUGUCCAACACAAACUUUGAGUAUAUGCUAACUCAGUGGUUCCCAAACUUUUUAGGUUCAAGGCACCCUUAAUAUUUCAAAAUUUUUCCCAGGCGCCCCAAGUCAAAGCCUAAUCUUGGGAGUGGCACUGGUAAAUUAUUUAAAGAAACAAUCCAGGAACAAUAACCACUACAUUACGUUGUAGUGGUUAUGGUGCCAGUAGUGCCGUAGUGCCCUCCUGUUUAAGAACAGUUUGACAACUUACCUGGGGUCUGCCGGGAUAGGAGCUGUAGUGUGUGUGUGUGUGUGCGGGGGGUGGGGGAGUACAAUGUGUGUGAGGGUUGCAGUGUGUGUGCGUGUGUAAGGGGUCCAUGUGCGUGUGUGUGAGGGGUGCAGUGUGUGUACAGGGGUGCAUUGUGUUUGUGAAGGAUGUAGUUGUGUGUGUGUGUGUAUGUGGGGCAGUUUGUGCAUGAGGGGUACAGUGUGUGUGUGUGGGGGGGGCAGGUUGUGUGAGGGCUACAGUGUGUGGGUGUGGGGAGUGCUGUGUGUGAGUGGUACAGUGUGUGUGUGUAUGGGGGCAGUUUGUGUAUAUAGGGGUAGUGUGUGUAUGGGGGUAGUGUGUGUAUGGGGGCAGGCUGUGAGUAUGGGGGGGCAGUGUGUGUGUGUAAGGGGAGCUAUUGUGUGGUGUGGGGAUAGGAGGGCAAAUUAUUAAAUAUAUACUUUAAUUUUUUUUAAAUUAAAAAUGAAAAUGAUAUCCCCCUUCCUUGCUUACCUUUGCCUGGGAGGGGGUAAAUUUCCUGCAUUCCCUGGUGGGGAAGCCCUGGUGGUCCCAGUGGUGAGAGUGAACUCUAGCAGCCUCAGGAGCUACUAGAGUUCACUCUUGCGGGUUUCGGAGCGUGGCCGUGGUAACCACGGCCACACUCCGAGCCUCCGAGAGGAGAACCCGGCGGAGCUGCAGGUCCUCUCUCCCUCCCUCCCUCCCUCCCCUGCCGGCUGUUAGCAAAGUGCUAGCGGGCCGGAGAGGGAGAACUCUGAUCUCCCCUCCGGUCCUGCAGAGCCGGCAGGGGAGAACACAGUUCCCAGGGCUAUCAUCAUAGCACCUGGAAAAUAACUUGCGGCUCCCCUGUGUGCCCGUCGCACAGUUUGGGAACCGCUGUGCUAACUUACUGUUGCACAACAUCAUUAUGCAUAGUGAGGCAGGUGAAUAUCUGUGUACUGUACCUGAAGAAUACAAUUGUAUUAUAACAUAUAAACAUACAUUAUUGUGAAUGUUUUCUAUUUCAAUUCUAAAUGAUAUAGCUGUCCUCAGAUAGUUCAUAUAGAUAGUUAAAAUUGUUCAUAUACUGUUUACGCAGGUCCAGUUAAAUAUAUAUAGGGUAAACGGAAGAGAAUGUUAUAAGGUACACAGGAGAGCUGGGAAAAGUAAAAUAUAGGAGAUUAAAUCAGGUGUAAUGUAGGAAAAAUAAUGAGACUAGAGGGAAAGCAGGUAAUAAAUAAGAGAUACAGUAGGAGCUGGAGAGAGUGUAAGGAGAUAUGCACAGUGCUAAGGAAUUUGCUGGUGCUAUAGUAAUAAUAAAAUAAUAAUAUGGCAGACAGGGUAAGAUAGCAAGUAGGUGUAGGAACUAGAGGUAGAAUGGGAGAGCCCAACGAACGUGUGCGGCAGCCUCGAGACAUUACAACCCACACACAUACAACAACACUUUACCCCUCCCGACGAAACUUGGAACACGCACGCUCUGUGCCCAUACUGACCCAGGCAAGGAACCUUGCGGUUGUCCUCACCCAUUACCCCUGUCAUACUGCAUCACGACAACGUGAUAUCUAGUUAGAGAACCAACUUGGUUGUUAGCUACCCUACCCAGCCCGGAUGGGUUCAAGCAAACUAGAAGAGGACACAAGCCUCACACGACCGGCCAAACAUGCCCACCUCAAUGGAAACGUCACGAUUGUCCUAUGGACGGGGUCACCGCCCGCUGGAAUGGAUCAUAGGUGGGGACACUGACUGCACUAUGGCUUGGGCACAUACGGACCACUUCCCACUGCUCUCCCCGCCCCUACAUUAUGUACUCCGUACCAUGCAGACACUAUACAUUCCUACACAUGGCCUCUAGUUAGACCACCAUUCUACACACCGAAUCACAAAAACUACACUCAUCGACGACUAUUAUGGAUACAUUCCAACCACGGAACCACACUCUUAGAGUACCUAUGGACGCUACUAUGCCCACGUAGCUCUAGCUCUAAUCGGACGCACUCAGCUCCAUGACAUACUGAUACGACAACAUUCUGCAACCCACACUUUAGAAGGUAAACACAGCUGUACCAUGUCACUUGUUAUGUAUUGGAACAGAAAAACAUCCUUGAAUCUGUACAUGCCCAUGUUUUAUUUAAAAAUGCUACUUUAUUGCACUAUUUCACUGUUUGAUUGAUGAGGGCCUGCGAGCCCUCCAUUUAUUGUAUCCACUUGCUAAUAAAAACCUGAUUAAGAAAAAAAAAAAAAAAGAAUGGGAGAGCGUGGUAGAGAGAAAGAUGAUACAGGAGCUGGCGAUAGAUAUAAGGGAGAUACAGAAUAAAAGAGUAGAGAAGAUACUUUAAAGCGGCACUGUCACGCCGAACUUAUCUGUUCGCAAUAGUUUACUCUUUUCUUCCUCUCUCGGGGUCUGUUCUUCUUUUCUUCCUUUUUGAUCUGGUUUUCUUUAAAACAACAUAAAGUAGGGACUACUUUGUCUUAUGUAUUGUUCCUAAACUCGACCUUCUUUGACCAAAGGAGGAGCUAAAGUCCGCUCCAUUUCCUGUGUCAAAGAAAAUAUUCCCAUCAUUUCCACCUUCCUGCGUGUUCUCGCUAUGCUUCAUUCGCCAUGACCGAACGUCCUGUCAUUAAAACAGGACACCGGCGAAUUGACUGAAUUUGUCAUUAUAUUCGGUUUGGAAUUUAAUUCGGAGAAUCUGUAAACAGCAAAUAGGAACUGGAAGAUGGAAGACAUGUUAGGGAGCAAUACAAGCACUUUACAGACAAAGCGGGGCACAGUUUUCUGGAUGAGCAUACCUACAGAUAACCACAUUUAUUAUUUAUUUAUUAUGGUGUUUUAAAAAUAAAAUUAAAAAUGCAGCUCUGAAUAAAAAUCUUCUCAUAUAGGUUAGUGGGUAUUCUGCAAUAAAUCGUAUAGCUUGCAAUCCGAAUAAUUUCUUACAUUAAUCUUUUCCUUUGUGGAUACAAGAGCUUUACCUGUUAGAGUAAGAGAGCUAAGUGCCAGGGUAACCUCAUCAACAACAGGAGAUGUUUCCAUCAGCUGGAUAAAUACAAUGAUCUGCCUCUCACAGUGCAGGACACGUCUGACCUUGGAGAAUGACUUUCUGUGCAUUACAACCUGUAACUGAUAGCUGUGCUAUGAAAUAAUAUCAUGUACCUCGUUCAAUUAUGUGCCCAGUCCCACUACAACCUAGGGGUACUUCAGUGUUGUUAAUCAUUUGUGUGUAACACUAGCCGCAUUGCUUUUCAAUUUAACAGAAACUAAUGUCAUAAGGGUUGUAGAUAAGAUAUACAUUUGUUUAGCCGGAUGAGCCAAGAGUAUGGAUGUUCUUUUUUUGUCACUAAACAGUCACAUCCAAAUUGCUAAACUUAAGUAAAACCAGUCAAGAUGGUAAAUAAGUUAUUGUAUAUAAAUAAAAACACUGCAAGUGGAACAAAAAUAGGACACAGAGCAAACCAUAAAUACAUUAUUAUUACACAAUAAGGAAGAACAUAGAAUAAGAAACCUAAAAUGCCCAUGUUUAGCCCAUGAGUAGAGCUAACAGGGAUGUGUUCCAGGAGGGGAUACCCUUAUUAAAGCAAAAGAUGUAGGUCCCACGUGCUACGGUACAUGAAGCAUGUUUCUUAUCACCCUGACUUAACUAUGUAUUUCUUCAUGGCAACAAUUAUAAUGAUGUGUGUACCACACAAAAAAUAAAUAAUUGGAAAUACACGUCAUUUCAUAACCAUAAAAUUAUCACACCAACUACAGUGUAUGUGUUGCGGUUGCUGUGACAAAGAGUAAAAGACUGACCUGUUUAAGGCAUGUGUGUUACAGAACUAUAAUAUGUGAAAACGAACGGAUUAAUAUUUUCAGUGUUUAUUCAUUGAUAGUGAUUUAUGGUUUAUAGACAGUCAAAUCACAACAUUUAGGCCAAAUCAGCAAUUAGAGCCGUUAUUUUAUAAUACUGUGCCUGACUAGUGCUUUACAGUUUGAACACUUUUUGGUUUUAUAAAUAUUGUCUAUAAUAUUUUUCAGCUCAUUACUCAUUUAUAUUCUUUCUUAAUAGUGUAUGAUAUGGACCUGGAGAUUGUGCAUACCAUGGAACAAAAGCUGAAUAAAGAAGAGUUUGUGGAGGUAUAAAUGAAAUUUACCUAAAAAAAAAAAACUUGAAUCAAUAUUCAGUAUUUGGACACAUCAUUCAAACGGCCCUAAAACUUGAUUUUUUUUUUCUUUCCUCCACUGCAGUAUGUGUAUCCCUUUAUCUCGAAAUUUAGCACUGAUGUUUUUCAAGAGUUUCUGCAUCAUCUUGCACAGUGUGCAGACAUGUUUCGCGAAACGAUCCGCCAUGACAUAAGGCGGCAGAAGUUUUCUGAUCUCUUCUUUAAGUGUGACCCAGGAAAGGUUGGUUCUUUACUUUAUGCAUUGUCCUUGUCUACAUUUAUUAGUGCCGCUUUGCUCUGCUGUCUACCUCCAUGUAACUCAUCUGAGAUAAUUGCUUUCCCUCUGUUGCUGCUGUCAGUACCAUUACUUUAUGGCACAACUGUCACUUGCUAGUAGUUUUUAUAUUAUGUUUACUUUCCCCUUCAUUUUACUAUUAGCAUUAAUGAGGUCUGUAAAAUAAAAUCAAAUGUAGAAAAUCGGCACUCCCAUCCAACCUUUGCUAUAAACUCUAACUUUCGCACCUGUCCGUCGUUGGCGAGGAGGAGAAAUAGAGACAAUCUUUUUUUUAAUUUUUAUUUAUUCCAAGGCAAGACAGUACAUCCAAGACAGAAUAUAACACGUUAUCACAGUAUAUUAUCACAGUCAGGUUUAUCUCGCAUUUUCCUAAACAUUGAACAUUUGUUUCUUUCUUCUCUUUGUAAUUCGUAACAGAUAGUGAGAUUAGUAAACAGCCCGUCUCGGGGUUCUUGUCCGCCUUGGUGUUUUUUUGUUUUUUAAUUAAAAGUAUAAUAUAAACAUAUAUAGCUGAAAUUAUAAUAUUUGUGAGAUCAUGUGUCCACAUCAGUUAGUAAUGCAUUGUAUUAAAGAAUGUACGGUAGUAGUAGAACGAUUCUCACAUAGGAUAGUAUGAUAAGAUAGUGAGAAGAAUAAUGGAAGGGGGGGGAACAAGAGGAGGUAGAGGAGCGGGGGGGGGGGGCGCGGGGGGUGUCAAGCUAGCUUGCCUUUGUCCGAGACGGGUCUGUCCAGGGGAGCCUCCGAUUGUGGGUCUGUCAAGCAUUCGCUGCGCUAGUUAUCCUAGUUAUCUGUUAGAUCAUCCAUCAGGCAAGUAUCUUUAAUUUUUUGUAUCACCGCAGAAAGGUUGGGGGCCUCUCUCUGCAGCCACACCUGUGCCAAAGCUCUCCUAGUGGCCAGAUUCAAUCUAUGCAAUAAAGUUUGUUCUGCGUUAGUCCAAUUUUCUAUAGAUCUGGCCAGUAGGAAUACCCAUGGGUCUAGCUUAAUCUCUUUCUCAAAUACGUCUCGCAGCAUCUGUGCAACUUGUUGCCAAUGAACCUGUACUAUUGGGCACUCCCACCACAUGUGGAGAUAUGUUCCCUUUAGGCCGCAUCCCCGCCAGCAUAGGUCAGUUGGAAUUUUAUUAAUUCGGCAUAAUUUUACUGUUGUAGUAUACCAUCGAAAUAGUGUCUUUUAUGAUUGUUCCUGCAGCGAGACACACAUAGAGGACCGCGCGGCCGCCUCACACAUUUCCUGCCACUCAAUACCCUCCAGUGUCUCGCACAAGUCCGCCUCCCACUGAUCUAUGUAUGUAAUUCCUCCCCAUUCUAGUGUGUUGUUGCAUAGAUGCGUUUAUAGAUAUGAGAUCAACCCGCUCUGAAAAUUUUCCUUUGCACACAUCCUUUCGUAGAAUGUCAUCUGUGUUCCUGCGGCUUUCUUUACCUGAGGGUCUUGGGCAUAGUCUCUAAGCUGAAUAUAUCUGGAAAAAUCAAAGGGUCUCAGAGGGGUUCUGGUUUGCAGUUCCUCGAAUGACCCCCCUCAAACAGGUGAUAUAGUCUUUGCAGCCCUGCGUGUUCUAUGCCUCUGAAAUCCCGGGCUGUCAUUCCCGGUGUGAAUGCUUUGUUCCUUGAGAAAGGGGUCAUUGGAGAAGGUGAGGAUACCAGGCUAUAUUUUGUGGCAGCUGCAUCCCAGAUCUUCAGUGAGUUUGAGAUUGCUGGGCAGAUCAUGCUAAUGAUUGGUCUAUGUUCCUUAGGAGUCCACAUAUAAAACUGAGGCAUAUCCAUCCCCAUAAGGGAUGAUUCCAGGUCCACCCAUCUUCUUUCCUCUGGGGGAGAGUGCCACAGCGCCACCUGGGCCAGUUGUGCCGCCUCAUAAUAAAAAUACGGAAGGCACAGGCCCCUUCUGUCUCUAGCUCGAUAGAGAAUGUUACGUGAUACCCUCUUGGUCUGCCAUAUAAAUUUACCAAUGGCUUGUUGGAGUGGUCCCAGAUCGGAUUUAGUUAGUCUAAUCGGGAGUGCCUGAAACAAGAACAAUAUUCGAGGCAGCACAUUCAUUUUCACUGAAUGAAUCCUCCCUAUCCAGGAGAUUGCUUUUUCCAUCCAGUUUUCCAUGUCUGUCAUUAAUGUCCUAAUCAACAGGGUAAUCGUUAGUAUACAUAGCGCGAAUCACCGUAUUAAACUGCUACGGGAUGCCGCAGUGGUCUAGCACUGUGAAUAGAUAAGGCCAUUUCACUCUGUCGAACGCCUUCUCGGCAUCCAGCGACAAUAUCAUCGUCUGUAUUUUCCUGGUUGCUUGUCGCAAUAUUAGGUCUACAUUACGUCUGGUGUUUUCAAAUAGUUGCCUACCCGGCACAAACCCCACUUGGUCCGGGUGGACCAGUUUAGCAAGUACCGGGUUAAAUCUGCCUGCCAGGAUUUUUGCUAGUAGUUUUGAGUCAUGGUUAAUCAGGUACAUCGGGCGGAAGUUUUCUGGGACCGAUAUAUCUCGUUCCGGUUUCGGCAAUAAAAUGAUGUCCGCUAGCGACAUGUCUCUAUCGGGUGGACCUCCGUCCAUGAGUUCAUUGAAUCAAGAUUCCAUAUGUGGAAUGAGUUCUUAAUAACAGGUUUUAUAAUAGUUUCCGUCAAAGCCAUCCGUGCCUGGUGCCUUGUUGCUCUUCAACGCGGAGAUCGCCAUGUCUGUUUCUUCCGCCGAAAUCCGUUUACCCAAGGUGUCUGCUUCCGCCCCAUUUAGUUUAGGUAGUUCUAGCCCGGUAAGUAAAAUGUGUGUCUUGUCUCUUUCGCCGUGCGAAUCAGCCGGUUCUGUUGGCGAAUGAUUGUAUAGUUUUGUAAAGUAUUCUGUGAACACUUUUGCUAUGUCUAUAGGGUUCGUUUGAUAUUGGCCGGAAGCGUCUUUAAUUUUAUUAUUGUGGGUCCUGCACUGUCUUGGUCAUAACGUUCUCGCUAGCAGGGUGUCCAUCUUGUUAGCUUUUUCAAAAUAGGUCAGUUUAGAACUUACAAUAGCCCGUGCCAUAUCAUCUAGUAGCGUUUCGCGUAUAGAGGCCCUCAAAUUCUGGACGGCCAGGAGGUUAGUGGGUGAGGAGUCAGUCUUGUGUCUUUGUUCUGCCUUCCGCAAGGACUCUAGGAGGGAUGAUAACACGAGAGAUUUGCGUUUUUUCUUUAGCGUUGCUUCACAAAUUAAUAUGCCUCUGAUCACCGCUUUAUGAGCCGACCAUACCGAUUCGGCUUCUCUAGUAAAAUAUUCGUUCAAUUCCUUCUGAACCGUGUUGACGAUCGCCAGAACACGAAGUAGAGAUGCGUUCAAUUUCCAUGACCAGGGGGAGGCCACGCAUAGUUUGUCCAACGUCACUGAGAUAUCCGCAUGGUCCGACCAAGUGAUGAAGCCCACAUUUGAUUCCGUUACUUUGGGCACUGAUGAGGGGCUGACCAAGAACAGAUCUAUCCUUGAGCAGGUAUCAUGGGGUGCCGAGUAGAACGUAAAAUCGCAAUCGUCCGGAUGGUGCGCUCUCCAGAUAUCUAUGAGGCCUGUGUUUUGCAUGAAAGUGUGUAGUAGCUUGUCCUGUCCUCCUCUUCUAUGUGAUCUGGGGAGAUCCCUGCUGGAACCCCUAUCUCUCACUGGGCAUGGAGCAGCAUUAAAGUUGCCCCCCACUAUUACCAUUCCUUGUGGUAGCGCAUUAACUACUGAGUUAAUUCUGUCCAGAAGUCCUUUGAUGGGUCGUUUGGGCCAUAAAGAUUAAGGAUAUGUACAGUAUGGGAAUACAGCGUCCCUGACAGGAGUAUGAAGCGGCCUCCCGAGUCUGUGUGAACCCUAGUAACAUUAAGUGGGCACCUGCGAUGUAGCAGAAUCGCAACGCCGUUUCUCUUAUUGAGGGCUCUAGAUUCAUAAGUGGUGUGGAAAGUGAGUCUCCUGCAGGAAGGCUAUAUCGGGGUUCAAUUGUUUGAGUUCCCUGAACAUGAGGCGUCGCUUUUUAGGGGCGUUAAGGACUUUAACUUUUUUUUUUUAAAUUCUUUAUUUAUCAAAUCAUGCACAUAUGUUGUACAGAAAGAGAAGCAUCAUAUAUAGACAGUCAUGUAUACAGUGAAGCAUUUGAAGCCAUCCAUACAAGGGUAUCUUCUAAUAAUAUAUUAUAUUACGGGACAUGGACAGUAAAAAACAACAGUGCCAGUUCUGCUGCUUAAUAUCACUUUGGUAGUACCAUUGUUAUUACAUAGCUACAGUCCCUGUGCUUAAGCUGAUGUUGCGUAUAGUUGCUCUGUGAGGACUUUAACUUUUAGGCAUGUAUCUGCCUCAGGGGGAUCGGUAUACUGAAGUGCAUUGUUACGUUUGUAUUCUAGCCUAUCGCUCUUACCUGUUUGUGCGGUUGGAAGGGAGAGCGUUAGCCAGCGUGAUGUACCUUGCUGAGGAAGCGCGUCGCCUAAUAGCUUGCUCUUACCAUUUAUCCUUCCCUCUCUCUUUGUUUGCGCUCGUUUAUUCACCCGGCAAUUUCCUGAAGUCCUGUGGCCAUCCACCAGGAGUGUUGUUCUUUCGUUGGGGAGGUGGGGAGAAGAAGAAGAAACAUUAUGUACAUCCAGUGCCUGGACUUACCUAUAGCCAGGCUUGUGUGGGGUGUAUGUCCCUGUCCCCCCAGAACUCCGAAGUGGCUCAACAGGGUCAGGGACAUAGACCAACCCAAUUAUUUCAACGAUAGCAAUUGUUCAUAAGCUAUUUAAAGCCUCUUUUUCCGGCACUCCAGUUUACUAUAAUCUGCCAGCAAUGUUUUAUCAAGGAUUAUUAAUCAUGGUCGCUCUCUCCUGCCUCCACUAUCCCUAGCCCUCCAUCCGCCCUGCCACCCUCCCAACCCCCCCCUCCGCCCCGACCCCCCAGAAGGCCCCCAUCCCGGUCCCAUCAGAGACAAUGUUUCUACUUCUUCAAAGUGUGCCCUAGGUGCCUGAGCUGAACUGGAUUGUGAUUUGAAAUGCUCAAUCUGUGGUCUGUCUGUCUUCCUAGAAGAAAAAAGAGCAUCACAUGAAAAUGUUAUAGCUUAUUUGCAAUGUUGUAAUUAAUAGAGCACAAUAUAUAGAAUAUAUAGAAUAUAUAGAAUUUAUAUUCUGGUUUCAAUGCUGGAAGUAUUGUUUUCAUUGAUUGUUGCUUCUUUUUAUCUUCUGUUUUUGUGACUUUUUUAGGUUGGCUUCCUGGACAGACAGCGGAUUCUUGCCCUGAUGGAAUCUUUCUUUGACAACGCAAGUCCUGAAUCACCUGAAUGGCAGCCCCGAAAUCCUAGACAAUGUGAGAUAUUUACAGGGUUAUUCAAUGAAGUGAAAAUUCAAAUUGAAUUCAAAGUGGAUUUGAAAUUUAAGGCCAAAGUAGUUGAACUACAAAUACAGCUGAAUUAGAGAUUUUUUUUCUGGUUUCACUAUUUGCACCUUGCAUUUGAAAUUCACUUUGAAUUCUCACUUUAGUGAAUAAUCAUGUUAGAGAAUAGUCCUGGUGACAGUGAAAUCGGACCAGUAUUCUAAUCAACAAUACUAUGAUAAAAUACUAUAAUAAAUGACUCUGCUCGUCCACAUUACAUAAUUAACUAAUAUACUGCUAAAGGCAUUACUAUAUCUUAAAGGUUAAAACAUACAAAUACUGGUUAGGUCAAUAAAUUAGUAUCUUAGCCUGUAUGCGAAAGGUUCACAGAAAUAGGUUGACUUUUGUUUUCCAAAUACAAUUUUUAUUGUGAAUGCAUAGCACUGAAUUGAUGUGACGUAUAUGGUGAAUGACAUAUUGGACAUUCACUUUUUCUUGAGAAAUUAGAACUUGUAAAACUAAAUAAAGAAAAAGAAAUGGCAAAUCAAAGCUCCAGUCCUGCUGUUUUAUUAUUAAUGCACAGUUUGCGUCCAAGUGACUCUCAGGCAGGCACCACAAAGGAGAGACAAAUCCCAUCGAAAUUAAUAUAUAUAAAGCACGGCAGUAAAACAAUAAGAGGUGUUGGGGAUUGAAUAAGGUCUCCAUGGGUUGUCAUCUACUGUUGAGGGUCUGCUCGCAAGGCAAUAGUAUAACCCAUAGCGGUUACCUGAAAAGUCCUGAAGCCAUCAGCUAAUAGUGUAGUACACUAACAGGAUUGCGGUUACAAAACCCUGUUGUUUGCUAAGGGUGGAAAUGCUGGUGCAAUAAGAAAGGAGUGAAGACACUAUUCGUAGAUAGGUUGACUUUUAAUUUGAUUCCUUUAUUCACUCAGGGCCGGUGAUUGAACUCAGUGAAAUGGACCCAGAAGACUUCUGGGCUAACUUUCAAGAAACUGAACAACUUACAGAGGGAAACGACCAUGAAGAAUCCAGAAUUCCAUUUUCAGAAUUGAUUCCAAGUCCUGAGCCAGCAGUGGUCAAGGACGUUGAGACUGUUUCUGCAGAGAAUUCAGGAGAAGGUGAGACAGACAAAGUAGCAGAAAUUCAUAUGUAGUCACUGGCAUCAUAAGAGUAAUUUCUGAUAGAACUGUCUCAAUAACAAAAAUAAUUAAAUGCUCGACUGAGUCAUUUGAACUGAAAAGAAAGGCAUUGUUCAAAUGGCAGUGUUAACACAGAGUCCAACUAGCAGAGUCAGUGGGAGGGAUACUUUAUAUAGUCCGUAAAACCAGAAAAAAAUCUUGAAAAAACAAAACAGAUGUUGACAAAAAAAAAAAGCGCUAGAUGCAUAUAGGGUCUAAUGUAGCGUUCUGUCGCGGUGUGAAUGGGGACCAGAUGCUAUUCUUUCCAUACUGACAAGCUGUGUGCACAACAAUGCCCUUGUGGCCUGCACAAGUAUGAUCAACAAGUUUCAUGUAAUUUAUGUCAACUGAAGUUAGGUAUUUAUUUUGUUUUGUUCUAUUGCACUUUCCAGUUUUGUAGGAUAGAACAUAUAUAAUAAAAUUACUUUGUAAUUUAACUGGAGGAGCGUCUGUUGGUAAUAAUUUGUUUCUAGCAGCAUUUAUAGGAAUGCUAAGCAGCUGUCUACUAUGAAAACAUGAUGAAUGAAGCGAAGACUGCUGUUCACCUGAAUGUGCCAGAAAGCACAGGCUUUAUUGACAGAACAUGAUAGCACUGAGAUGCUUUCAAUAGGUGCAGACAAAGUAUAGAUCAGUCAAGCCUACCUUCUGAAUUAUAGAUUACUAAACUGUUAAAUACUGUAAUGCCUACAGUCACAGAAUGAAACUAGAAUACAUGUAAAUUUAAUCUUUGCUCGCUACGGUCAGUGAACUUUAGACUCCUAUGCCAUACAUAUUAUUGGAAUCACUAUGUAAAUCCAUAAAUUAUGCCCACUUUCAAAUUAUUGCAAUUUGUAUCUUUAUCAGAUAUCUUUAGAUGUCCCUUUAGGUUAGGGCUCAGAGAGACCUGUGAAUACCAAAGAAGGACAAAUACUCAAGAAUAUCACAUAGCCCUGCUUCAAUUUCAAGGUUGUUUGUGUAGAUAAUCGUCUCUCUCUCUUUUUUUUCCUCUCUCUCUCUCUCUCUCUUUAUAUAUACUUGUUUUUUAAAUAUAGCAGCAUCCCAGCUUGUGGAAAGCAUAGCUCAUGAAGAACACAACAGUGAAAAAGAACCACACCAUGAAGAACACAACAGUGAUAAAGAACCACACCGUGAAGAACACAACAUUGAUAAAGAUCCACACCGUGAAGAACACAACAUUGAUAAAGAUCCACACCGUGAAGAACACAACAUUAAUAAAGAACCACACCGUGAAGAACACAACAUUGAUAAAGAACCACACCGUGAAGAACACAACAGUGAUAAAGAACCACACCGUGAAGAACACAACAUUGAUAAAGAUCCACACCGUGAAGAACACAAUAUUGAUAAAGAUCCACACCGGGAAGAACACAACAUUGAUAAAGAACCACACCGUGAAGAACACAACAUUGAUAAAGAUCCACACCGGGAAGAACACAACAUUGAUAAAGAACCACACCGUGAAGAACACAACAUUGAUAGAGAUCCACACUUUGUUGAAGGACAGGCCUGCUUGGGUACUUUUUAUAAAAUAGCUACUAAAUUACUGUAACCUUAUCUACCUAUUACUACAAUAACUGUAUGUGUUAAGGGGUUCUUAAAGGGUAUAAAUGCAUUUAUUGAUGAGUAAAGUAUUUUGGUCUGUUUUCAGACACAGCAUCCCAGCUUGUGGAAGGCAGACCUUCUGAAGAAACCCACUGUGAUAAAUAUCCUCAUGUCGUUGAAGGACAGCCUUGGUCAGGUGAGUAUACUAAUUUGGUCUUAAAUAAAUACAAUAUAAUACUAUACUAUAAAUAAGUACAUGUAUUCCUAAUGCUGUAGUGUGCUGGUAUCUAUUUAUACUAAUUUAUGGCUGAGAAGAAGACCUGUUUAAUGGCCUUCCCUUCUCUCGUCCCAUGUUUUGAUGACAACUUGCUAUAAUAAUAUAGCAUCUGUAGUAAAGUAGGUCACCAUGCACUGAUUUACUUUGAAUCGGAUGAGCACAUUUGGUCUCUAUGUAAUCAGUGAAUUGCAUUUAGUAAAUAAAAUACAGGAAAAUGCAUGGAUUUUCAUAUCCUGGUUCCCUUCAGAGUUUAGUGAAUAGCUAGUUUAUUGCAGCGAGGGUUGUUACAUUUUAUUGCUAAUCUAAAAAAUAAAAAAUAAAAAUUAUCUUUUGUGUAUUUGUAGGUGAACUCCUGACUGCUGAUUUGCCAUUUAGGUAUAGCUCAUAUGGAGACAGAAGUCAAGAUGAGUUCAGUGUCACAGCCUCACAGUUUACAGGUAAUUUACUGAGGAUAAUUCUCCAGCUCUUACAGGAUAAUUUACUUAAGUGAGAAUUCAAGGUGAAUUUCAAAUUUAAGACCAGAGCAGCUAAACAGAAAACAUUGCUGACUUAGAAUAUUUUCCAUUUUAGCUGUUUUGAACUUAAAUUUGUUGAAUUCUCACUUUUGUGAAUAAACCUACUAGUUUUGUACAGAUUACAGCGUGCAUAAAGUAAUCUUUUAGAUGCAUGGCAAUAUUUUAAACCUUUAACUAUACCAAAUGAAUGAUGCGUUUAUAAUGGGACUGUGCAAACCAGGGCAAUCUUUAAUAUGAAUUGGGUCCUGGGCAAGAUUCUGCUUACAGGCCCCCUACCCAAGGCACAGCUGGUGUGGACCCCUGUAAAUUAUGGUGCCCCGGGCAGUGACCCUUUUGCUCUGUGAUAAAGACAGCUCUGGUGCAAACACUCCAAAAGCAGCCUCCAAUUUAGCUCAUGGAAAGACUUUUUGUAAUGCUCUUAUAUAAGGUUUUUUUUUUUCUGCCCUUGUGUUUAUAAAUCAAAUGUAUUUUAAUGUUCUUCUCUAAAAUGUUUCCCAGCAAUAAUAAUAUGGCAUCCAAUAUGUUCUGACAUAUUUUCCCAGCCCAGUCAUUUCCCCAUUGCAGCACCUCUAUAUGUAGACAAUAUAUUAUUUAUAAAAGAAUGAUUAGUGGAACUGUCAUUUUAUGCUCCAAAUAAUACAGCUUUUCUUUUCAUGUAGAAAUUGGCUUUCAAAUACUUGCAAUGUGGAACUCGAAAAGCAUUUAUCUUUGAUCUUAUCAAAUGUAUGAAUAUCUAGAAUAUCUGUCAUUUAAAGUGAAUUGGAAAUCGGUAUAUUAUACGAAAAAUUACUUGAAAAGAUUUGUGAUAAAUAGCAUAUGUACAAGGUUACUCUUAUUAUUUAUUAUUCUAACUUGGUACGUCCUAGUGAACAGUGUGAUGUAUCUGAUAUUUAAUUCAGGUUGAAACUUGCAAAUAAGAAAGAUAGAAGGAUAUUUGGUGUAGAAGUUGGAGAGAUGAUUUUUUAUUAUUGGCUUGCCUGUGAGCCUUCGAGUUUCCACUUAAAACAUCUGUGUUUGGUAACUGGAUUCUAAGUAAAAUCAUUUUUUUUUAAAUGGGCUAGGAAUUCCAGUUCUGUUAUUCCUGCCUGGCCUCCCCGAUACUACCUACAUACAGUAAAUUGAUCAUUCAAAUUCAAUUCAAAUUUAAAGCCCACUGUAGUGAUUAUGGCCCAUUGUAGUGAUUAUGGAAUUCCCUGGCCUGAUAAACCCAGGUAAUGUGGCAAACCAUUUAGCAAUGAUUUGCCCCUCCUAACUGGGUCCCCUCUGGGUUCUGAUGCUGUUUAAUGGUCCUGUGUGUGCUUCUGGCUUCUGCAGAGUCACAGAAGCUGGAAGUUGUGUCCAUCGCUAUUCAUUGUGUCAGCUGAUCUCUCUCAGCUAGUGAAUGCAAUUCUGUGCAACGAAAGUCACACAGAAUUGACAUUAGCUAAACUAGAACUCCAGUCCGGAUUGGCGGAUGACACUCCAAUAACGCUGCUUGAGGUGGAAUUACACCUUUGGCAGGCAGCAGAGGGGUUAAACUCCGUAUGUGCAGCAUUACAAUGCGAAAUGCUGCACAUACAGACUACAGGCACCAUGACCUCUUCAAAUCACUGAAGUGGUUAUGCUUCAAGUGAUCCUUCAAGGCCAGAGUAGCCAAACUGAAUAGGUCCUUAAUCUCCACCAUUCCUGCCAGGCUCUCACCAAAACUGGCUAAAAUUGUCUAUCUUGAAGUUGGAACCUCCAUUUUUGUGCAAUCCCACCUUUUUUCUGUGCAGUUUUCUCACACACACUGUGAGAGUUUGUCACUUUUUGCUUCAGACUGCCCUCUCCUGUUCUUGUAAAGAUCUAACAGAGACAUUUCAAAGUAAGUUUACUGCAGUUGCACAUAUGUUGGGGCUGUGAGGGACAGCGAGUUCUCAUUAUUACCUAAUCAGGAAAAUGGUGGUAACCCAAUAUGUUUAAUUUUCUUUAAAAUUUUCUUAUUUAGUGCUACAAAUACACAUUGCAUAAAGAGAAAAAAAGGCUUUUAUGCGUCAGACAUGAACAAAUGACACAAAAUAUGCUUUGAGACUGACCCACAAGGUUGUUCUUGAUUAAUAUAGCAGCAAUAGUUUAUUUUGUGGUUUCUACAGUACAUAAGAGGGUUUUACACAGAAAUUGACAGACAGUGACAAACUGAUACAUAAAGCAGAGGCGCCCUAUUUGCAAAAAUGUGCACAUUAAACCUCAUGUCUUCAGUAUAUAUCAUAUUGUGUUUUUCCUUUGGGCAUUGUCCUUCACUUUAAAGCAUUUAGUGUCAAAUGUAAACAAUGGAAGUCCCAUAUCUGUGUACAGAUAAAUGAUACAACAGAAAACUGAAAGCUUACAUUUUAUAAAUCAGAUCUGUCCAAAAGGCAAAUUAAAUUAUUAGCGUCACCUACAUGUCUGGUUAUUAUUACAAUAUAAUGUGACAGACUCGAAAAGCACUACCUAUAAAAGCAUUAUAUUACAUCACAGUUUAUUCACUGAUUACGUUAUAAGAGCGCUUAAUGUAAAAUAUUAUUGAUUCAGAUAUUGUCAUGGUGUGGAAUCUUUAGAUUGUAAAGCUGUUCAAGCAGGGUCCUCUUCAACCUAUUGUUCCUGUAAUCGUUUGUAAUUGUCUCAUUAAUUGUUUUCCCCUUCAUAAUAUUGUAUAAAAUAAGUUGGCCCUAUAUAAAUGCCAAUAGUAAUGAUAAUCCAUAACUUUUUAGUCAUUUCAUCUGCUAUGUAUGUGAGUUAAGAAUAGUAAUAGAUUGUGUAUUAGAUUCAGAGCCUGUCGUCACAGUUAAAAUAUGAAACAAAAAAAAUAAGGCUCUCCUGUAAUCCAAAACCAGGAUAUUCUCCACUCAGCAGCCACUCCGUUUAUUGUUAGAUUAUAAUGUUUAUUUAUCUCAGUCCAAUCUGAGUCUUUCCUUAGAGGAGCAUUGGGGCCUUUUACUGCCAGUCAGAUGUUUCUCAUAGAGAAGCAUUGAAUCUAAUGUUCUGUAAGAUGUAUUAGCGGGCAUAACCAGGGUUAUUUCUAACGUGAGAAUUGAAUCCGAAUGUCAAAUUUGAGGUCAAAAUGCUUUCGGUUUGCUACUCUAGCCUUAAAUCUGAAAUUCGGAUGAGAAUUUAGUUAAUCAUUCAUCAGAAAGAUAAAUGAAGGAAUAGAAAUUUCAGACGAACAGACAAACACUGAAUGUUGGUGUUCAUUUGUUCGUUCGUUCAGUUUAUUACAAGGAGGAAGCUACCGGUUUGCAGCUCCCUCUUUGUAAUAUGUACAAAUAGAAGCGACAGGGAACAGUGCUCCCGCCACUUCAUAAGCCCUCCAUGUCCUCCCUCAGUCUAUGGGGGAGUGGUUCAUUGUGGUGGCGAAUGGAUUCCCUUCGUGAAGCACUCCCGAACGGGGAGCAGGCACAGCACACGAAUAUACAGGCAACACACAUACUAAAGAAGGGAAAAACCCAUGAAUAUUGGCGGUCCCACCACACCCUUGCUGUGUGAAAAUUGAUUUUUUUAAGCGUGUUUUUUUUUUUUUUUGCAUCAAUGGUAAGUAUUUUAUUUUUACUUACAGGUAUUUAGUUUUAUUAAAAAUAGUGAGGGGGUAGAUAAGGCUUUAUUAAAUUUUUUUAUGGGUAGGGCGGUGACUAGGGGCUUGGAGACCCCUAUUCACCGGGGGUGGGGGGGUAUUUUUUCACAUACCCCACCCCCACUAGUUAAUAGACCUACUUUGUCUUAUAAAGAAAACUAGAGCAGAUAAGAAAAAAAGAACAGGUCCUGAGAGAGGGAGAGAAGAGGAAGCGAUUAGGAAAAGGUAAGUUUGGCAUGACAGUGCCGCUUUAAAUCACUCUGUUUAUCCAGCCUCAUCCACACCUCCCUGCAUGUGACUUGCACAGCCUUCCCAAACACUUAAUGUAAAAGAUUUAUCUGAAGUGUAAACUUCCUUUAUUGCAAAUUCUGUUUGGUUUAGAAUUUCUUAUCUCAUGCUCUGUUAAUAGCCCUCUAGACCCUGCAGGAGCCUCUUGUGUGUGAUUAAAAUUAAAUUUACAGAUCAAGGGCAAAAAAAGUCUGAAAAUUAAACCAUUUUUUUAUGCAGGCUGUUCCAGUCACAGCCAGGGGAGGUGUGGCUAGGGCUGUAUAAUCAAAAGUGAUUUAACUCCUAAAUGUCAGAGAAUUAAGCAGUGAGUCUGCAGGAGCAUGCUCUAUACACCACAACUGUUUAAGCUAAAGUUAAUUUGGUGCCUAUAGUGUCCCUUUAAGUUUGUAGAGGUAAAACCUUUAGAAAUAGGAUAUAGUAAAUAUUGUAUGCUAGACACUGCACCUUGUCAGCUGGCUUACUCGGCCUAUCAAUGCUGUCAAAGUAUGAAUGAAAUUGGUAUUGCUUAUACUGAAGUAGACCUUCACCACAUUAAAAAUAUGCCGAGCAGGGAGAUGGUUUCAGUCAAACCUCUUGAAAAUAGAGCCUGCUCACCGUAUCUGCUACAAUAUAAUGUGGUUAUGGUGCUUAGACUGCCUUUUUAAUACUCGAUUGAUGCAAAUGAAAGAAAGCAAUAGCUUUUAUGAAAGCUUUUAUAAUAAAAUUUGUUGUUAUGUUUCUACAUCUAGAUUUACACCCAAUCAUCACCGAUAUUAAUUCACGACGUCCAUCACAAAUUGCAAGUGCGUUCAGCAGCAGCCAACUGAACCUGCCGCAGUUUGUGCAACUAAUGGAGACUUUUCUGGGAGUGGGAGCCCCCCUGCCAAUUGUGGACAAACUCACCAAUUUUAUACAGAAAGAAUAUGUUGAGACAGAAGAGGAGAAAAUUACAUUGUUGAAUAAAGUAAUAAAUCUUUACUAUUUUGGGUACGGGGUACGCUCAGCUAAUUGGAAACAAUAGCUAAACGCAGAUCGUGAUACCACAUUACUUACAUAACUAUAAGAGAUAAUUAGAAUAAAGUCAAAGAAUACAAGUACACCAAUGAUGUACAAAAUAAGUAGAAUAAAGGUGAUUGAGGCCAGUAGAGUAAAAAUAAUUUGUAUAUAAUGCGUGCUUAUAUAAGCAAUGCAAAUAUCAAUUUUCCUCUACAAGCAGACAAUUCUCCAUAAUAGUAAUAUAAAGCAAUUUAAAAUGCAUUCAGUGUGAAGUGUGUUAUCUUUAUUUCUUUUUUACAAAAAGUGCACAUUUCAAUAGAAAUUGGCACUUUUAUAAGAUAACCUUGUUACACCUUCCUGACCUUCAAGCAGACACCAGGUCCUGUUAGUUCCUGGUUUUUAUUUAGAUCAGUGGAGCUAAACUCAAGAGUCAGGCAAUUGACCAGAGCACCUGCCUUGCAAAGACUUAUCAUUGACCUGCAUUGGAAGUCUGUGAUUGGACAGUCACAGAAAGUUUGGGCGGGGUUAGAAUGGGAGGGUUUGCACAGGCAGCAGAAAAGAAAACUGCAGCCUUUGUAAACUGUUUUUAGAUAUACCCCCAAUAAAAAAAUGCAUAAUUAAUUGCAUGUAUGUUUUUAGUUGUGACAUAUCUACUAAACAUUAAUUUAUUUAUGUAUUGAAUUUGUGCAGUGGAGUGUCCCUUUAAGUGAACUUGUCGUGAAAGGUUCACCUUAAUUAAUAACAACUAUUGAAACAAUUCAUUUUUAAUUUAUCAUACAAAUCCAUCAGGGCCGGACUGGGAGAAAAAUUCGGCCCGGGCAUUUUUUUAACACAGCGGCCCACUAAAAAGGGGGCGGGGCAGAGGAGGUGUGUUUUGUCAUCACCAAUGACAAACACGCCUCCUCUCAAAGUGAGCAUGUUGGUUCAAUGCUCUUCCAGGGCAGACCAUGCGCAGAGCUCUGCUGAAGAGCUCUAGCAUGAGAAAAAAGUCCUGUAUUUGUUCUGCACAGUGCAAGCAAAUUUAAUAACAUGCUUGCACUGUGUUUCCUUGCAACUUGUCUCUGGUGUCUCUAUAAAUGGAUACCAGGAGACAAAAGGCCAGGACAGAGUAUUGUGCAUGUGUUUGUAGCCUGCUUGUGGUAUUGCGUGUGUGUAGAGUGAGCUGGUCGUGGUGUGGUAUUGUGUAAUAAGGUCGGUUUUAGUCGUGUUGUGUUUGUGGUGUAAUGUGAUGCAUAUGUGGCUCAGGAACCCCCUCCCGCACGGCUCUGGAAAGGGGUUAAAACUUACCUUUUUCCAGCGCCGGGCGGGGAGCUCUCCUCCUCCGAUCCGCCCCGUCGGCUGAAUGCGCACGCGCGGCAAGAGCUGCGCGCGCAUUCAGCCGGUCGCAUAGGAAAGCAUUUAUAAUGCUUUCCUAUGGACGCUUGCGUGCUCUCACUGUGAUUUUCACAGUGAAAAGCACGCAAGCGCCUCUAGCGGCUGUCAAUGAGACAGCUGCUAGAGGCUUUGGGGGAAGGCUUAACCCAUUGAUAAACAUAGCAGUUUCUCUGAAACUGCUAUGUUUAUAAAACAAUGGGUUAACCCUAGAAGGACCUGGCACCAAGACCACUUCAUUAAGCUGAAGUGGUCUGGGUGGCUAGAGUGGUCCUUUAAGAGUGUAGUGUGUGUGUGUAUGUAUAUAUAUAUAUAUAAUAUAUAUAUAUAUAUAUAUAUAUAUUUGGAAGUAUUGUGUAUGUGUGUGGUGCAGUGUGUUGGGGGGGUUCUGUGUGUAUGUGAGGGGUGCAGUAUGUGUGUGUGUGAGGGUGCGGUGUAUGUGUGUGUGUGAGGGUGCGGUGUAUGUGUGUGUGUGUGUGUGAGGGUGCGGUGUGUGUGUGAUGUGUGUGAGAGUGCCCGUGUGUGAGUGAUGUGUGUGAGAGUGCCGUGUGUGAGUGAUGUGUGUGUGCCGUGUGUGAGAUGUGUGUGAGAGUGCCGUGUGUGAGGGUGUGAGAGUGGUGUGUGAGUGAGGGUGCUGUGUGAGAUGGGUGUGAGAGAGUGCUCUGUGAGAGUGCUGUGAGAGAGUGCUGUGUGUGUGUGAAAGUGCUGUGUGUGAUGGGUGUGAGAGUGCUGUGUGUGUGUGAGUGCUCUGUGAGAGUGCGCUGUGUGUGAUGGUGUGAGAGUGCUGGGUGUGAGAGUGCUGUGUGUGAUGGGUAAGAGAGUGCUGGGUGUGAGUGAUGGGUGUGAGAGUGCUGUGUGUGAUGGGUGUGAGAGUGCUGUGUGAGAGAGUGCUGUGUGUGAUGGGUGUGAGAGUGCUGUGUGAGAGAGUGCUGUGUGUAAUGUGUGUGAGAGUGCUGUGUGUGAUGGGUGAGAGUGCUGUGUGUGAGAGUGCUGUGUGUAAUGUGUGUGAGAGUGCUGUGUGUGAUGGGUGAGAGUGCUGUGUGAGAGUGCUGUGUGAUGGGUGUGAGAGUGCUGUGGGAGAGAGUGCUGUGUGUGAUGGGUGUGAGAGUGCUGUGGGAGAGAGUGCUGUGUGUGAUGGGUGUGAGAGUGCUGUAUAAAUGUUAUUGUGUGUGUGUGUAGGGGGGGUAAAUAAAAAAAAAAAAGUCAUUAUUUCCCCCCCUCCCUUCUUACCUUUAGCCUGGGAGGGGGGGUCCGGCACGCUGGGAGGCAGGGUGGCGGUGUUCCCUGGUGGUCCUCGUGGGUGAGUGAACUCUAGCCUGUGAGGCUAGAGUUCACUCUCGCGAGAUCCGGUCGUUGCCAUGGCAACGCGCCGGAUCUCGCGAGAGGAACCCGGCGGAGCUGCAAGUUAGAGCUCCGCCGGGUCCUCUCUCCAGCCUGGCUGGCUGUCUCCCUCCUCUCCCGCCGGCAGGCCGCAUGUGGGCCGGUCAGGGAGAUCCUUGAUCUCCCCACCGGCCCGUCGUGACAAACAGCGGGGCCGGCGCUAGGAGAGUGCCGGCCCUGCAUAGACCGGCAGGGGAGAUCCUGGGACCUCCCCUGCCGGCCUCGGCCCAUGGCCACCGCGGCCCACCGGGCAUUUGCCCGGUGUGCCCGAUGGCCAGUCCGGGCCUGAAAUCCAUUUAUUUCAUGUACGAUAAGGUGCCCUAUACCAUGAAAAAGUACAAUUUAAAGAGGUAAAAUAAUUGGGAUAACACAUUUUUAAUUUUGGUGAGGCAAUUUUAACCUUGUAUGUUUAGAGUGGACAACACUUUUUUUGGGGGGGAGAGAAAUGAGUUGUACACUCAUCAGUUAAACUGUCCACUGAUUAGUUGGACUCAGGGAAACACGUCUGGGUGUCUAUAGUGUCCCUUUGGCAUCCAGUAACAUAUUAUCCUGAUAUUAUCCUCACAUGCAACAGAUUACUUGUUGAGAAGUCAAGCCCUUUUUCCACAUAUUACAUCCCUGCCCUUGUAGCAUCAACUGUAUUUGACCCAUGGUCAAUAUAUCUUAAACAUCCUGAAUCAGGUAGAACAGUUCCCAAUUUUGGUUCCCUGCUGUGCAUAGGCGUGCGCAGCCUAUUGCAUUAGGGUGUGCACCCUAAAGCACAAACACAUGCUGCAUGUAUAUAUAUAUACAGAAACACACACAUACAUUCACAGACACACAUACACAUACACACUUACAAGCACACACACAUACAUUCACAGACACACACUCAUAGACACUCACACACACACUUACAGACACACACACAUACAUUCACAGACACACACACAUACACACACACACUUACAGACACAUACACUCACAGACACACACAUACAUUCACAGACACACAUACACACACACACUUACAGACACACACACAUACAUUCACAGACACACACACACACACACUCACACACACACACACACAUACUCACAGACACACACACAUACAUAUACACUCACAGACACACACACAUUCACAGACACACACACACUUACAGGCACACACACACUCACACACAGACACAAAUAAUUUUUUUAAAUUAAAAAUUGUCCACCCAGCCUCCCUGCCUGGAGAGCUGGCGUGGACUUGUCCCUGGGGUCCAGUGGGUCGGGCGCCUAUCUCCAUACAACAAGCGGCGAGGGAGAUCUGUGCUCUCUGCUCCCUCUCGCCAUGCGGGCUGUCUGCUGUAGCUGGGAGCCGGAAUAUUCCAGCUCCAGCCAUCAGCAAACGGCGUGCGGCGAGAGGGAGCAGAGAGGACACAGCUCCCUCGCCGCUUGUUGUAUGGAGAUAGGCGCCUGACCGGAGGGGUGAGGGGAUGUCCAUCACCUCUUGCUCCCCCCCAACACGGGGGAGGAGGAGGGCCUGCAGGAACAGCGGGAACAGCAUUCCCACGUGUUCCUGCAGGACUCACAGGUGUGCCGCAGGGAUUAGGGUGUGCCCAGGCACACUCGGCACACCCCACGCGCACGCCUAUGCUGCUGUGUCAUGAUAAAGUGCAACUUGAGCAUGUCAUUAAAGACAUGUUUGGCAUUGGAAGAAAUUUUUGACUUUACCGGAAUGUUUUUUAUCCCAGCAUAUGGAUAUACAAGUUAAUAGGGCUGAGAUUGUGUCACUGACAUGCCCUCUGUCAGUCUUGUCCAGAUUUCUCCUCGCAAUAUUUGGAAAAACAAACAAAACCCACAAUACUGGGAGGUAUACUUGUGAACGUUGCUUUUGCAGGCAAAAGUCAGCUUCAUAAACUAUACUUUUACAUUAAUUUUAAAGACACAUGCCUCAAAUCAAUACAUGCUUCAACAUUACAUUUAAACAUGUGCCUUUAAAAUGAAUGUAACAGUAUACUUUUAAAGAUACGUGCUUUAGUGUAAAAGAGGAAGUAAAGUGCAAUGAAUUUUCGAUUUUCAUUUCAUGCAAACUGGUACCCGCAGACAAUAUGUUAACAUGGAUCGUCCUACAACACGUAGCUGCAGUCAUUUCAUAAAGUCCUACUUUCACAAAAGUAAACAAUUUCCAUGUUAGAGCACAUUCUUCAAGAAACAGAUUGUUGUGAAAGCUUAUAUUUCCAUUAGUAGUCAAAUGAUGCAAACAAAUCAGUUGGUUGUCAUGUAAAAUUUAAAUGUUCCUAUAAUUUAUUCAGGUACGUUAUGAUGCUCUAAUUGCCCAUCAGAAGUUGGUGCUGCAGGCACUUUUUGAAAAGUGGGACAAUGAUGGGUCUGGUUUCCUGGAACUGCUUGAAGUGGAGGCAGUGCUGUCCAAAUACAAAGAAGGAAUGGAAUCUGAGUUGAUGGACAAAGGUGAGGAAGAGGUUUCUGUUAAUUUAUAUAAUCAAAUGAAAGUGGUAGAUAGUAACUUUGGAUCUGAAUAGCAGUAUCAUUAAAUCAACUGUCAAAAUUAAUUCUCCUGUUAUUUGUGUAAUAAUUUAAUAUCAGUUAGGGUUUGGAAGCAAUAGAACAAACCAACAUAUGGUUGACAAAUUAGGCUCAUUUCUAUUUUUAUACUAUUCAGGAAGGGAGUCUUUGAGCUCAUCGCAGUCCCAACGUGGUGUCUGGAAGUUGUCGGCCUCUGAAUUCUGUCGAUACAUUCAAGACGUGGUGAGCUUGUUACCUGGACUUGAAAGUGAGGUGUUUGAAAGUGUGGUGGAAUUCCUGACCACCAGUGUGGAACGUACUCAGGUUGAGAAGAUGCGAGGAACGUCUCGCAGAAAGUGGCUUCAACACAUCCAUACAGUAGCUGAAACCAGUGGUGGAAGUCUAGAUCCUGUAUAUAAAGCUAUUUUCCAAGCACUUUAUAAGGUACACCCCCAAACAUCUGUUCUGAAUUGAUAAUGUAUAUGAAGGUUUGGCCACAAUUGUCCAGUAUCAUAAAUGAGCAGUUGAAAAAUGUAAUGUAAAACACAUAUAAUUAAUGUAUACAUGUAUAUAAUUAAUGUGUAUAUAUAUAUUUUACUGGUUCUUUAGCUUCCCAGCCACCUGUUCAGCAAUGUUCGCAAAACACCUUUACAUUGUGCUCCAUUUAACAUUUCACUUCUGAUUUUUUUAAUUGCUUUUUAAGUGUCUUCUCUAUUACAAUUACUAUUAAUUAGCAAUUCUUUUUUACAUUGAUUAAUAAUGGCUCACUUAUUAGAAACAUUGCAGUGGAUGGGUAAAGAAGGCAGAAUACAAAACAACUAGCAGACUAGAAACUUAUUGCUAAUGAAGCAUCCUAAUGUCAUCUUAGAACGCUAUGAAAUAAAUAUAAUGUACUUUUCUGGCCAACACUCAUGAUUUUAAACCACCCAUUGCACAGGGACUGGGAGCAAACAUACUGGCAGACCAACACCAUUUUCCUUCUUCUAGUGAUAGGUUUGUAAGCCCCCCAUUGUGAUACAGAUUGCACCCUAGCAAAUAUUUGAUUAUUUUUAAUUCAAAUUGGACAGACUAGCUGAUGAUGUGGCACAGAGAAAGCCACUUGGUACCAUUCUGCACCCUAAUUGCAUGUAUGCUUUCUUCUGAGUCCAGUUAGAUGGACUCACUUGUGGUGUACCUUGGGAAAAGCUGUUCACAUUGAUCACACUCAUUACUUGUUUGGCAAAUAGACCUGCAGAGCCCUACAGCAAUUUCCAUAAUCUUUAGAAUAAUUAUAAUGAAACCCUUCUUCUAGUAAUUAAGUAAUUUGCUAUCAGUCUGUUAAACUCCCAUAUUGUGCGUAAUGGCAUGGCAAGAUACAGAAACUCUGGUAAGGUGGGUGCAUAGUGGGGCAGGUAAGCAUGAGCUGGACCAUUUGCCUCCCAUUUUCUUCAAUCCAUGGAAUGUUGAAAUCAAUGUGGACUAAACAGAACUAUUAAAUUUGUAUAUUGUAUAUAAGUAUAAACUUUUGUAAUUUUGUGGAAUGAUGUUCAAAUGAAGAAACUCUCUGAACACACCAUAAAUGUUCUUACUUUAAGGAUGCUGAAGCCCAUGGCAACAAUAAAAAGAUCAGUGCCAGUAUCGCCCUUCUGGUGCAGAGCGUAGUAGAGGGAGAGUGGAAAGAGGUUCUACGCUAUGUUGCAUGUACAUCAGAUGAUGCCUUCUAUGUUUUAAAUAAGAUUUUGCACAGGGACAUGGAGAAUGUAAGGUAAGAUAUACCACCAAUACUCCUUCAAGCAUCACCCUUCUGUAACUACACUCCAAGGCAAUCUUCAAAAACGACUGUGCAAAAAUUGGAUGUACUCCUAGGCAAAUGUAUUGAAAUAUAAAGUGCAAUGUUUCAGGUGUUAAGAGCCUUGGUCAAGCUUGGUCAAUAAAUGUGCCUGGGAUUAUAUGCAAUUUUGUCAAACACAGUAUUACAGUGAGGGAAAAAAGUAUUUGAUCCCCUGCUGAUUUUUGAACGUUUGCCCACUGACAAAGAAAUGAUCAGUCUAUAAUUUUAACGGUAGUUGUAUUUUAACAGUGAUAGACAGGAUAACACAAAAAAAAAAUCCAGAAAAACCCAUGUCAAAAAAGUUAUAAACUGAUUUGCAUGUCAAUGAGUGAAAUAAGUAUUUGACCCCUUUGACUUAGUACUUGGUGGCAAAAUCCUUGUUGGCAAUCACAGAGGUCAGAAGUUCUUGUAGUUGGCCACCAGGUUUGCACACAUCUCAGGAGGGAUUUUGUCCCUCUCUUCUUUGCAGAUCCUCUCCACAUUCUUUGUUUCUAUGGAUAUUGAUACUUUAGAGAGAGUUCAGAGAAGGGCUACUAAACUGGUUCAUGGAUUGCAGGAUAAAACUUACAAGGAAAGGUUAAAGGAACUUAACAUGUAUAGCUUGGAGGAAAGAUGAGACGGGGAAUAUGAUAGAAACAUUUAAAUACAUAAAAGGAAUCAACACAGUAAAGGAGGAGACUAUAUUUAAAAGAAGAAAAACUACCACAACAAGAGGCCAUAGUCUUAAAUUAGAGGGGCAAAGGUUUAAAAAUAAUAUCCGGAAGUAUUACUUUACUGAGAGGGUAGUGGAUGCAUAGAAUAGCCUUCCAGCUGAAGUGGUAGAGGUUAACACAGUAAAGGAGUUUAAGCAUGCGUGGAAUGCUAACUAUAAGAUAAGGCCAGGGACUAAUGAAAGUAUUUAAAAAUAAAUUGGCAGACUAGAAGGGCCGAAUGGUUCUUAUCUGCCGUCACAUUCUAUGUUUCUGUGUUUCUAAGUCAUUAAGGUUUUGAGGCUGACGUUUGGCAACUCGAACCUUCAGCUCCUUCCACAGAUUUUCUAUGGGAUUAAGGUCUGGAGACUGGCUAGGCCACUCUAGGACCUUAAUGUGCUUCUUCUUGAGUCACUCCUUUGUUGACUUGGCUGUGUGUCAUGCUGAAAUACCCAUCCACAACCCAUUUUCAAUGCCCUGGCUGAGGGAAGGAGGUUCUCACCCAAGAUUUGACAUUACAUGGCCCCGUCCAUCGUCCCUUUGAUGCGGUGCAGUUGUCCUGUCCCCUUAGCAGAAAACACCCCUAAAGCAUAAUGUUUCCACUUCCAUGUUUGAUGGUGGGGACGGUGUUCUUGUGGUCAUAGGCAGCAUUCCUCCUCCUCCAAGCACAGUGAGUUGAGUUGAUGCCAAAGAGCUUUAUUUUGGUCUCAUCUGACCACAACACUUUCACCCAGUUCUUCUCUGAAUCAUUCAGAUGUUUAUUGGCAAACUUCAGACGGGCCUGUACAUGUCCUUUCUUGAGAAAGGGGACCUUGCGGGCGGUGCAGGAUUUCAGUCCUUCACGGCGUACUGUGUUACCAAUUGUUUUCUUGGUGACUAUGGUCUCAGCUGCCUUGAGAUCAUUAACAAGAUCCUCCCGUGUAGUUCUGGGCUGAUUUCUCACCAUUCUGUCCAACUGUUGACACCUUCUCACCAAGCUGCUUGGCGAUGGUCUUGUAGCCCAUUCCAGCAUUGUGUAGGUCUACAGUCUUGUCCCUGACAUCAUUGGACAGCUCUUUGGUCUUGGCCAUGGUGGAGAGUUUGGAAUCUGAUUGAUUGAUUGAUUGCUUCUGUGGACAGGUGUCUUUUAUACAGGUAACAAGCUGAAAUUAGGAGUACUCCCUUUAAAAGAGUGCUCCUAAUCUCAGCUCGUUACCUGUAUAAAAGACACCUGUGAGCCAGAAAUCUUGCUGAUUGAUAGGGAAUCAAAUACUUAUUUCACUCAUUGACAUGCAAAUCAAUUUAUAACUUUUUUGACAUGCGGUCUUCUGGAUUUUUGUUUUGUUUUGUUAUUCUGUCUCUCACUGUUAAAAUAUACCUACCAUUAAAAUUAUAGACUGAUCAUUUCUUUGUCAGUGGACAAACAUUAAAAAUCAGCAGGGGAUCAAAUACUUUUAUCCCUCACUGUAUGUAUGCCUGUCUAUAGUGCAGUAUUUGACUUUCUUAGCUCAUUGAGCGACUUGUUCCGUUCCCUUCAAAUUUAUUUUAAAUGAGCAGCCUUGGAAAUUUUCAACACAGAGUUAUAUUCCGCUUUUAGUGAUUUUUAUUAUCUUAUGUGAAUGCACUAUCUUAUGUUUGCUGUAGUUUUGCAGCUGUUGACAGUGGAACUCCAGUUCAUGUGCCACGUGUUCAAUAUCAUGGUAGUGUCCACUUCUGGAACACAGAUCGCCCUGAAGAAGAGAGGAAAGGAUCCCUCAUUGUGCUCCCUCUCAUUGAUGCACAGCAGCGGGUCUUUGGUACCCUAAGCAUCGACACUCUGAGAGAUACCCGAGAGCGAAAUAUCUUCCUUACCCACGAGAUUAGCUUUUACCAGGCAUGUAUCUGUUUCAAUGCACAAGGAAAUAUCCUGAAAGUACAUGUCAUUCACAAAAGAAAAAAAGAGACAGAAGAAUUGGUUAUAAUGCCAUAACUCAAAGCCUUUUGGAAAAAGGUGCCUUUACUGGGUAUGUGCCAAGUGAGCAUAAAACAAUAAACUCAAUAAUACAUAAUAUGGCACACCAAGGGCUUCAUGGGUGAUAUAACAUAUACAUAGAUCUGUAAAGGUUAUAUUGAUAUAUAAAAUGCCAAAUAUAUAGAAAAGUAUCCCAGAGUAUGAAACGUAUAGUGACACAGGACCAGUGGCGUACACAUGACCCAUGGGGCCCCGGUGCAAAAAUUGAUCCGUGGGCCCCCGCCCCCUCCUCCCCCGCGCUUACUCGGCGCGGGUCGGGGUCGCAACACAUGGUGGCGGGCACCUGGUCGCAGGGGUUGCAGGGCCGCGACCCCGCGACCGCGGUAUGCACACACACUUAAAGGACCACUACAGACACCCAGAUCACAUCAGCUCAAUGAAGUGGUCUGGGUGCCAGGUUCCUCUAGUUUUAACCCUGCAGCUGAAAACAUAGCAGUUUCAGAGAAACGGCUAUGUUUCACUGAGGGUUAAUCCAGCCUCUGGUGGCUGUCUCAUUGACAGCCACUAGAGGAGCUUCCGCGAUUCUCACUGUGAAAAUCACAGUGAGAAGACUCUGAACGUCCAUAGGAAAGCAUUGAGUAAUGCUUUCCUAUGGGCGGUUUAAAUGUGCGCGCGCCUCUUGCCGCGCAUGUGCAUUUCGGAGCUGAGAGGCGGACACUGGGGAGUCCGACGCUGGAGAAAGGUAAAUGCUGAAGACACACACACACUCUCACGAACAGAUGCAUACACACUAGCUAACAGACACACACAUUUACUGACAGAGACACACUCAGCGACAGACAUACAUACACAUUCACUUACAAAACAUACACUUUCACUGACAAACACACACUCACUAACAGACAUCAAACACACUCAGUAACAGACACACACAGUAACACACUCACUAGCAGACACACACCCAAUAACAGACACACACACUAACACAAACACACACACUAACACAAACACACACACUAACACACACACACACACUCACUAGCAGACACACACACCCAAUAACAGACACAUUCACUGACACACACACUAACACACGCACUAACACAAACAAACACUGGCACACACACUAACACACAUACACUAACACACACUAACACACACAUACACUAACACACACAUACACUAACACACACACACACUAACACACACACACAUUUUUUUUUCAAAUUUAAUCCCCCCAGCCUCCUUACCUUUUGGAGUGCUGGUGGGAUUCCCUGGGGUCCAGUGGUGCUGCUGGGCUCCUGGGCGGCAGGUCACUGGGCGGGCGGGCGGGCUGUCUGGGCGGCCGGCGCGCGAGGGAGCACCUUACACUCUGUGCUUCCUCUUCAGCUCCCUCGCGCGCCACGUAGGGAUGCCGGCGCCGGAAGAUGACAUCAUCUUCCAGCUCCGGCAUCAGUGCGGUGUGCGAGGGAGCUGAAGAGGAAGCACAGAGUGUAAAGUGCUCCCUCGCGCGCCGGCCGCCCAGACAGCCCGCCCGCCUGCCGGGGUCAGCAGGGCCAGCCUCGGGGGGCCCUGAGGUGGCCGGCUCCUGGGCCCCCCAGGGGAAGAGGCUGGCCCUGUGGCGUACAUACCGGGUCGCAGGGGCGGCCGGGCCCCCUGGUGGGCCUGCCCGGUCGCGGCCACGACCCCUGCGACCCUGGUAUGUAUGCCACUGCACAGGACAGUAAUACUAUUAUAGGAGAUAUUCUCAACCGUUCAGCACAGCCUAAUUUUAUACUUCAUAUAGAUACGUGCACUUUGUGUAUUUACAGUUGCAAGAAAAAGUAUGUGAACCCUUUGGAAUGAUAUGGAUUUCUGCACAAAUUGGUCAUAAAAUGUGAUCUGAUCAUCAUCUAAGUCACAACAAUAGACAAUCACAGUCUGCUUAAACUAAUAACACACAAAGAAUUAAAUGUUGCCAUGUUUUUAUUGAACACACCAUGUAAACAUUCACAGUGCAGGUGGAAAAAGUAUGUGAACCCUUGGAUUUAAUAACUGGUUAAACCUCCUUUGGCAGCAAUAACUUCAACCAAACGUUUCCUGUAGUUGCAGAUCAGACGUGCACAACGGUCAGGAGUAAUUCUUGACCAUUCCUCUUUACAGAACUGUUUCAGUUCAGCAAUAUUCUUGGGAUGUCUGGUGUGAAUCGCUUUCUUGAGGUCAUGCCACAGCAUCUCAAUCGGGUUGAGGUCAGGACUCUGACUGGGCCACUUCAGAAGGCGUAUUUUCUUCUGUUUAAGCCAUUCUGUUGUUGAUUUACUUUUAUGUUUGGGUCAUUGUCCUGUUGCAACACCCAUCUUCUGUUGGGCUUCAGCUGGUAGACAGAUGGCCUUAAGUUCUCCUGCAAAAUGUCUUGAUAAACUUGGGAAUUCAUUUUUCCUUCGAUGAUAGCAAUCCGUCCAGGCCCUGACGCAGCAAUGCAGCCCCAAACCAUGAUGCCCCCAUCACCAUACUUCACAGUUGGGAUGAGGUUUUAAUGUUGGUGUGCUCUGCCUUUUUUUCGCCACACAUAGUGUUGUGUGUUUCUUCCAAACAACUCAACUUUGGUUUUAUCUGUCCACAGAAUAUUUUGCCAGUACUGCUGUGGAACAUCCAGGCGCUCUUGUGCAAACUGUAAACGUGCAGCAAUGUUUUGUUUGGACAGCAGUGGCUUCCUCUGUGGUAUCCUCCCAUGAAAUACAUUCUUGUUUAGUGUUUUACAUAUUGUAGAUUCGCUAACAGGGAUGUUAGCAUUUGCCAGUGACUUUUGUAAGUCUUUAGCUUGCACUUUAGGAAUUUUCUUCACCUCAUUGAGCAGUCUGCGCUGUGCUCUUGCAGUCAUUUUUAUAGGACAGCCACUCCUAGGGAGAGUAGCAGCAGUGCUGAACUUUCUCCAUUUAUAGACAAUUUGUCUUACCCUGGACUGAUGAACAGCAAGGCUUUUGGAGAUACUUUUAUAACCCUUUCUAGCUUUAUGCAAGUCAACAAUUCUUAAUCGUAGGUCUUCUGAGAGCUCAUUUGUGCGAGGCAUCAUUCACAUCAGGCAAUGCUUCUUGUGAAAAGCAAACCCAGAACUGGUGUGUGUUUUUUAUAGGGCAGGGCAGCUGUAACCAACACCUCCAAUCUCAUCUCAUUGAUUGGACUCCAGUUGGCUGACAUCUCACUCCAAUUAGCUCUUGGAGAUGUCAUUAGUCUAGGGGUUCACAUACUUUUUCCACCUGCACUGUGAAUGUUUACAUGGUGUGUUCAAUAAAAACAUGGCAACAUUUCAUUCUUUGUGUGUUAUUAGUUUAAGCAGACUGUGAUUGUCUAUUGUUGUGACUUAGAUGAUGAUCAGAUCACAUUUUAUGACCAAUUUGUGCAGAAAACCAUAUCAUUCCAAAGGGUUCACAUACUUUUUCUUGCAACUGUAUAUAUUACGUCACCUAGGUUAGCAGCUUGGUCCUUUUAUAUGUAUAUUUUACUUUUCAAUACAUUUGACCUGUAUGUAUUCUUUAGUUUUAUAAUCCUCUGACACCCAGUAUCUCAUUUAGGAAUACAGGACAGGAUAUAAUUAUUUAAGUUUCUUUUUUUUGGUAUAUUUUAUAUACACGCAAAGCCUAGCAGACCAACAUUCAGUUAUCAAUAUUUUGUGGGAUUGCAUUUCCAUUAUUGUGCAGUCUAAAAAAAAUAGAAGAAAAUACCUCAGUUGCUUCCCCUGAUUUAAGGGACAUUUAUUGUUUUUUUCUUAAUUCCUGUAAAUUAUAUCUGUCAAUGUUCUGUUUCUUUCAAUAACAUGUACAUGUUUCAAUAGGGCAUCACAAAUAUGUUCAGCACAGCAUAUCAUCACAUCGAGAUGAAGACAGACAUUCUACAGCUGGCAAGCAGUGCAUUUUCCUGGAUCUACAGCCGAGCUCCCAACAUUCACAUCAUCAACACCUACCUCAUGGAGCCCAGUAUAGAGAAGGUAAGCAGAAUGCAGUGCUUCCACACAGAGGCCAGGAGGUACUGUGCCUAUAUGGGAAUGUACCCGCACAUUAAAGAGUAGUGCAAUUAUAACAUUAACAAAAUCACUUAAAUAAUGUGGAGAGAUGUAUUUAUAAUUCUUGAUUUUCUAGUCACAGGGUUAUGUCUUUAGAAACAUGAUGCGCACAGAUAACAGCACUGGAGUUUCAGAAAUAUACAGUUCUCCAGCCCUACUUCGCAGGCGAGAUAACAUUUUCAGGUCAGUACUUUUAAAGGGCAGCCAUCAGUUUAAACAUUGAAGUCACCUGUAACUUAACCCUUUUCACCUGAUGCCCGACUGAUGUUGACUUGAUGCAUUGUUGCAGUUGAUCUGAUGCUCUGUUUUCUUUUAAAUAUAUAUUUAAAAUCCUAUUUAAUCAUGGCGCACAUUUCAUUGGAGGAAGAGAAACAAAAUUUUAUUUAACUAUGUUUAAUGACAGAAAAUGUUAGAGCUUAGACCAAAGACUGACAGGUAAGAGUUAAAUACUGUGAUUUGGAUUUCUACAUUUAUUUUUGUUUUCAUUUUUUUACCUAUAUUGGUAAAGAUAAUACAGAUUAAACAUAAUAUUAAAAAUCACAGGAAAUUAUAUUUACCCUUUAAUUCUGGAGCAAGCAUCCCACAGACUAGAGAUAACUUUUUUACACUUCAGCAAUUAUGAGCUAUGUUUACAAAGCCACCAUUGUUUGGUGUUUUAACCCCUUAAGGACCAAACUUCUGGAAUAAAAGGGAAUCAUGACAUGUCACACAUGUCAUGUGUCCUUAAGGGGUUAAAAACUGUCUAUUUCUUCUGUGGAUCAUUUUUAAAACUGUUUAGCGUAUCGUUCAAAUAGAAGCUUUCCAGCUAAAAAUGGGCACAUAUAACACAGAGAGUCAUUCGAGAAUUCUCUGUAUGUUGAUCCCAAAAUUUCAUUGGCUGCUGAUAUCACAUGAUGGUAAUAAAAUUGAGAGGUAAUUUAUGCAUGGUCACCCCCAAUAUGAAAAACUGUCAGGUGAUUCCAGCUAGUCUUAAAAGGACACUAUUGGUACUUGAACGAACUCAUGCUCAUUUGGGUUUUGUCUCAUAGAUCUGCUGUAUUUUUUUUUGAUAAAAAAAUAACAAAACGUUUUUCAUAUUUCUCCAAAAUAAGCUGCCUACUUAGUCACACCCCCUUUCACUCAAUUUGUUCCAGGCUGACAUAUACAUAAAAGUAUUACUCAAAUUAAUAUAUAUUUAUAAAACACUGAUAUGGUUAGAGCAACCUUUGCUCUGCUGGUCUGCCCCCAGGCUUAUGACACCCCAAUGAGGUUUAGUUACACCUGUGGCAGUAGUGGAGUUAAUAUCACUAUGUGCAGCAUUUCAUAGGUAGAAAUAAGGUAGAGAGUAGACUGCAAUACUCCAUUACUGGACUAAUAUGGCUUCUGAACUAUCAUGAUGCUAGGUUAUGAAAUAUCUCCUUUGUAAUGUGGGGUUUAUUCACUUAGUCCUUGGAGAUUUUUUUCCCAAUUCAUUUAAUUAGAACUUUUGAGGGUGUGAACUCAGCAUAGCUCACUGUUUGGUCAAUAACCACCAUAUGCUAACAAGACAUGCUUUCCCUAUAGACCAAUGAUCUCUGGUCCCCAGAUGUUGAUGACCUACAACUCCCAGAAAUGUUUGAUUGCAGAAGUUAACCAGGGAAUCAUGAGAGUUGUAGUUUGGUAACAUGGGGGAGUGGGAGAGGGUAAUGCCUGCUAUAGAACAUGGCUCUCGCAGUUGAAAUGGAAGCCUAUGCUGGUCUGGAUUUCUAUAAGGGUUGGGUUUAUUUAUUUUAGAAAAUUGUGUAAAAUGUUUAAUAAUUUCAAUCAAUAAAAUAGUUGUAAGUAAACUUGGGCCUCUAAUUUGUUGUGCAGAGAUUAUCUCUUCAAGUGUGCUGAUAGCUCAGAAGUAAUCACAACAGAUGCCUAUGGAGAACGGCACAUCGCUGUCCCCAUACGUGACUUGGCAGGGCGGGCUAUUGGGGUCUUGGAUAUCAGUACAAGACAGUGCUGUGAGCUACCAGCCCAUGAGUAUCAAGACCUUCAAAAGAUGCUACAGAUGUUGCAGGAAGCCUGCUAUGAAAUCCUUGAGCAAAAGAACACAGACAGCCAAGGAGAGCCACUCUUAGGUAAGAACCCUAAGUGCACACCUCAAAUUGGCAUGGAUAGAUUUGUGAUGAAGGGCAACUGGCAAGCUACUUAAUUUUUAGACAUUAACAUUAAAGGAAUACUGUAGCCCUAGGAAUAUGUUUGUAUUGUUUUACUUACCUUACUUACCUUUUCUACCACUACUGGCCUCGCCUUCUUAGCUGCAGGAUUAAAACCUGGGUGGAGGGGAAGAACACUGCACCCAGAUCACUUUGUUGGGUUGAAGUGGUAUGGGUGCGUAUAGUAUCCCUUUAAUUCUGUUUUGGCUUAUCAGCUAUUAGUUAUCUCUCUGAUCUGAAAUAAGAAAAUAAUAAAAUAGCUAACAAAAUGACUGCGUUAGGGAAGUAUUUAAAUCUUACAGUGUCCAAGACAGGUAAUCAGUUUGGGACCGACCUUCACUCUUCGUAUGGGGAUGGAGAAUGGUGUCAAGUUCCAUAAAGUACCUUCAUGAUUUCAGGGCCCUCAUUAAACACCCUGACGUUGUCUUAGGUUGCUUUGUGGCUAAUCCCACUAUGUUUAACUACAUGCAACAUAUAGGGUUGCAAUACACACAUUGUGAUUUAAACUGACAUUUAACAACAAAUGAACCCCUUUCUUACCAUAUAAUUAGAUAUGAUAUUUUUCAUUGCAGUAUUUUUGCAAUAUAUAUACUGGCCACUAGAUGGUGCCAUUGUAUAUAGAGUGAAACAAAAGUAACACGCAUUUAAAUUGUAAAAAAGAGUCAUAAGACAGCUCUACACAUUUUUGAACCAAUAUAAUAUUUGAUUAAGCUCCAUUAUUUCAGUAUGCCAAUAUCUUGAAUGUAUUGCUCCUCUCACAGGAAUUUGAGUCUUUUGAUUGUGUGCAUGUGUGUGUGGCACGGUGCCUCCUUGAGGGUUGCCUGCCACUUUUCCUCUCUUCCACUUGCCAAUCUGACUGCCAGCUUCUGGGAAACCAAGGUGGUAGAAUUUUGGGGUGGAUUUGGCGGCAGGUACUUCCAGCAAUGGGGCUGCUUGUGCCCAUUUAGUGGGCAGAGUUUGACAUAAUUGUGGUAGAGGCACCGUGGGAAUAGCAAUGGUGUGGCAAUAGGGCUUCUAAUGAAGUGGGUGGUUCUAGGCUAGCCCAGCCCAAGCAUUGUGUUCAUACACAUCACACUCAGUGAUCGACAUAAUAAGUACACCUGUACAUGCACCUGCAAAUAUUCAAUUGUGCAGUGGCAGCUCAUUCACAGGAACAGGUAGGGAGAUGAAUCCCCACCUGAUUUUGUUGCAAAAAAAAAUCCCAAAACAUAUCUAUUGGCAUUGUAAGGACUACUGAUAAGUGUUUGUCUGAAAAAAACAUGAUAAACAUGAUAUCUGAUACUUCUGCAGUUUUCCCCUUUAUUGAGGACUGUAAACACAGCUGGUUUUAAACAUGGUAUUAGGUAAAGUGGUUACAGCCCAACAAGUCAGGAGGGACAGCGCUACACCAUCUUUAAACUUCACCACCCACCACUGCAAUCACGUGGCAGCAACUUAAUGCAAAAACACAUGCCCAGAUAUGGGGAUUUGUUUGAAUUGUUGCUCAAACCAAAAAGAACAGGUAAGAUAUUUGAUCUAAGUGACUUUGACUGUAGGAUAAUUGUUGGCGCCAGAAGUUGGUGUCAGAAGCUGUUGAUCUAUUGUAAAGUAACACCCACCUCUGGUCCUGCCUUGUUCCCUUCUAUGCUCCAGUUUGACUGGGCUUGCUUUAAGACACUUCCCUCCAUGACACCAGGAUGCUUGCUUUAACCCCAGUUCUUAAAUGUUUGAAUAGAGUCCUCUUCAGUCUCCUCUACAAUGAGGUGAGUUAACGGUACUCUUAUCCUUCCAUCUACAGACACAGUCUCCAAUAGCCUGUAGUGAGUUCUAAGUUUAAAACAAUCCAAGGCGAACCCAACUAAUUUCCCUGUAUGUAUGUAUGUAUAUAAUUUGUGCAUAAGACAGUACAGAAUUACCUUCACUGAGAAUAUUGUUCCUGUUUUGCUACCAAGAGAAAAAGAGAGUAUUAUUAGAGUUACUUGUACCCACAUUGCUCAAACCGUAAUUGCCCAUGUGAUACUUUGUGUUCUUGUAGAAGCAGAACAAGUUCCAGGUCAGAAGCGGGUGGGAGUCUUAUUCCAUCGCUUUAUGCUGAAGGACCUGCGCCAGUGUGUCAGUAAGCUGGAUUAUCGAUCCUUUGCAGAGCUGAAGAGCUACAAGGAGCCACCAUCUAUGGUGCACAGUAUACUCAAGGCUGUUCUACUACUUUUUAGUCCAGACUGGGCUGAAUCUGAAGAGAUUCACAGUUGGAAUCAGUGUAAAUUGGUACGAUUGCCUCUACUGCUUUGUUUUCAGUUUUUAAUAUGUACUAUAUAAUGUGUGUUAUGUUAGUGUGUGAUGCAAAUUGAAUUCCAACUCCCAAAAUGAUUUGCGAGGCCUGAUGUGCACAUAGAUAGGGUGCACAAUAUAUGAAAAAAUAUAUCAGUUAGACAUGUGCAAUUCGUUUAGUUACGAAUGUGAAUUCGGACGAAUUUCGGGAAAUUGACGAAGUGCCAAAUCUGCAAAGUGCCGAAUUGAACCAAAUUGCCGAAGUGCCGAAUUACUUUGGAUUUCUGAAAAGUGGCAAAACAAGAGAGGGAGGGAAAAUUACGUGAAUGAUGACAGGAUUAGGGGUAGAAGUAGGACUAGGGGUAUGGUUAGGGAGCCCUGCAGAUGUUCCGAAUUUAGAAGUCCUGAAUUGCCGAAGUUCAGAAUUGCCAAAGUUCUGAAUUCCAGAAGUGCCCACAUUUUUUACUUACCCUAAUUUCCGAACCGAACCAAAUUUUUGGCCCAUGCACGUCCCUAAUAUCAGUUAUCAUAUAGUGGUUAAUUUGCUAAACAUCAAAUUGUGGUGUAUUAUAAACCAAAUAUAAACAUUUAAAUGUCCAACUAAGCCAUAGUGACAGAUUACCUAUUAAUGUAGCUUGAACUUGCAAUUCAGUUCAUUAUACUUUUUAAAUCCAACAAUUCUUAAAUCUUAAAUAUACUCAUCAAUAUUUCAACACACAAAUGUUCCCAUUGUACCGAGGAAAGCAUUAUUUCUAGCUUGUUUUAUAUAUAUUAUAUAUAACAUAUAUAGUUACUUUAUCCACCAUGUUUUCAGGGACACAUAUCAUGUAUACAUGUUGAUUUGCAGCCCAUGAAAAGGGCUGUCCUGUUGUGUGAGAAAUUCAGAAAAAGGUGUAUAAAAUUAAUUAAUUAGGCAGAAUAUGCAUUAUACAAACUACAGGGUUGACAAAAUACUGACAUACUGACAAAAUUACAUAUCAGAAAACAUGGUGGAUAUGGUAACCCUGGUGGAUAUGGUUACUAUAUAUAUAUAUAUAUAUAUAUAUAUAUACAUAGCAUUUUUUCAACAGAAAACACAUUUGAUAACUAUAAAUACUCUGAUUAUGGUAACUGUAGGAAACUCUCCACUCUGUCUGAGGAAUCCCAAACUGAUGCAUGUUCCACAUUGCAUAUCAAAAUCAUAACAUAAAUUUUCAUUCAUAUUUUUCAGAAAGUUAAUACUGAUUUGAUCAGAAAGAUUUUAUCAUUCGACCCAACAGCACAGUCUGUACAGAUCAACCCAGAAAUCCUUGCAAAGUAUAUUAAAGGUAAAUAAAUCAGAUUUUGUCUUAUCUCUUUCAUAUGCUAUGUAGCCCAAAUACUAUGCCAUGUUGCAAUCAUACAAUGACCUAUCACUUGCUAAGCAGCUCCUAAUGCUCCAGAUUCAACAUCCUGGGACUACCUGGAAGAGCUGAUUGUGUCUCUUCUGCAUGGAUAGUCCUGGGGGGAAAUUGAAUUCAACGCUGUCCGUGACAAGUGGUCGACAGUAGUUCCAAUCCUGGGACUGCCCGAUCCCAUGGACUGGUGGGACAUAAAGCACAGAGGGCAUUACCUAGAACCACAUGCCCAGCGAUCACUGCCUCCAUUCAAAUAUAGGACACAGUGAGAGAAAGAGCAAUGCACAAUGAACUAUGUAGUCAUGUAGUCAACCCACUUUAUCCAUGAUUUGUGUUUGUGCCCACUCUUCUAGACAUAGAUUGUGUUUAGUAUUAUAACGGUAACCUCAGAUUUGUCGUUGGGGGUCAGAUUACAUGAUUUGUUUUAUACUAUAACAUUAUUGUCUAAUGUAGCCCAACCUUGUAUUUCAGGUAUUCCUAGAGGAGCGGUCUGGAAGCAUGGCUCCAUUCCAGCGGAGCAUCUCUAUAACUGGACAUUUACAUGCAUGUGUUUAUUGGAGCUCACACAGAAAAUGCAGAACACCCAUCCUCCAUCUCUGGAUAAUUUACCAGGACCACAGUGAAGAGUGGCUCAUAAUAAAUCCUCUGGAUAAGCAGUGAUUCAUAUAUUUUGCAUAUAUUUUCGCCUUUAAGAUAUGAAAAUAUUUUGUUGCAUGGUUUAUUUGUUCCUUAUUAUUAUUAUAAUUGUAUUAUUUAUAUAGCGCCAUCCGUAGCGCUGUACUUGUAAUUAUAUAACUGGCAAAGGUUUAACUACUUUGAGGAUCGCUAACCUGAAACUCAUGUGUUCCUACAUUUUUGCCAGGGUCCUAAAUUAAUGUUGACCCAUUUAUUCUUUAAUUGGAAACCUAGCUCACAAGAUUUGUUCAACAAACUCCAAAUUGUAGUAAUAUGAAACACAAACGGAAAAAUAUACGCAAAAAUAGCAAAGGUAUGACUAUUGCUAAGUUGGAGGAUUUUUUAAUUCCUAAAUUUUGCCAUUGUAAAUUUAAUUUACUUCACUUUCAGAAUUAAGUAGAUACCCUUGUCAGUGACCCUUUUUUUGAGGGUCAUAUAAUUAUCUUUAAAAUAAAAUUAGUAGUAAAACACCUUAAUAGACUCUUCCCAUUACUGUAAGGGUCCCUUGUACUGAGGACAGCAUUGCUACAAUGGACAGCUUGUUUUAGUUGGAGCCAGAUGGAUACAAUGUCUGUACCAGUUAGAACCAAUAAAAUGACAUAAGGGGCCAUUUUUGGUUUCUGAUUCAGAGAUUAAAAUCUGCUUCUAUAGCUGAUUUGCUGCUGUUGUCCCAGUAAUUCAAUGAUACACAGGUAGUUAUAAAAUGACACAAAGAGACACAAAAGACUAUGCAGAUUGCAUUGAAGCAUUGGUUGAUAUUUCACCAAGCCACAUUGGUUACAGUGGGAUAGGUAAGCUCGCGACAAUGCACCGCCUGCUGCAGGGUUCGUCAGAGAGGAUGCAAAAGAUUCACAAGAUUUGUCCCUGUCUGAGCUAGAGAAGGUAGCAUAGAAUUAUGUAGACAAGGUAGUGAAGGACACAUAUUCCCUUCCAUGACAUUCAUGCCUUGCCCCCCCUUCCCCUAUUGACCAUCUUCAAUUGACAACAGAGAAACAUCCACUAUAAGUGCAGAGAAUUGUUAGAAAGUUUGACAAUCCAUACCUCUCAACAUUUCAAAUGGACACAGAGGGACACUUUAUUUAUUUUGCGGUGUGAGAGUGGGUCUGACCAAGUGGCCGAGCUGUUCUGAGAAAUUUUAGGUGACUUAGUAAUUACAAUUUAUGCAACUAAAAAUAAAAAUGUAAUUUAGAACAAGAACAAUGUAUUUUAUUUACACACACUGAUUAACAGUGUGUAAACAUGUGACUGGUCAGUGUGGCUGCUGCUGUUGAGUCUAUCUUGUCCCUUGCAAAAUUUAGACUAGACAUGUGCACGAGGAGAACAUGUGUUUUAGCUGAACCAUUCUUUCCAAAAUUAAAAAAAUAUCUGGCAGCUGAAUUUAGGCUCUGAUAUGUCGGUUCUGAAUUUCGGUAUGAAAAACUGUUUUGGGGAAUGAAUCAGAUGAACCUAAAAAACAUGAAAAUGGGCCAAUCAGUGUAUUGCAGAAUAUAACUAUUAUUAUAUAUUUUGCAGCACAUUGAUAGGAGCAUUUUCCCACUAUUUGGUUUGCAGUUCAAGUGACAAAAAGUAACCAAUAGAGGGAAUAACAGGAAAAGCAGUACCAAUUGUUAAAAAUAUACAUAUAUAUAAAUAUAUGAAUUUAGAUUGCAUUUACUGCUCCUCCUUUUUUCUCACUUCUCACUUGAUCUGUGAAUAAUAUCAAUAUUUAGUGACUGUCCCCUGGACAAAAAUUUUUCCCAUAAUUAUUAUUAUUAUUUUUUUGGCUCCAUGUGAGGAAUUCAGAACCACGAAUGAAAUUUACAUACUCGGCCAUUGACAUCCGAACCACAAAUGAAAAUGACGUGCUCGGCUAUUGGAUGUUUGUUUGUUUAUGAUUUGGCUACAUUCAGCUCGGAAUUCACAAAUUCGAAUGAUCAGCGAAUUUGAUCAGAGUUCAGGCAACUGCAGUUAAGAAUGGAACCAAUCUUUUUUUUUUAAAUUUCAGACUUAUACCAGCCCAAGAUAAGUUUCGAGUAGGUCUUCAUUUAAGGCUUUGGUAUAUUUGUCAUCUUUAAGGCUAGUUUAGACCAAAAUAAUCCAACCUGGAAACUUGCUAGGUUGUAAAAUGUUUCACAUUCUGCCAUUGUGAAGUUAAAAACUGCGAUUCCUCUUUAAUGUGCGCUGUAUUCACUAAAUGGUGUACUGUGCAGAAUUAGCCGAUCUACUUUGUGCAUAUCGCUAAUUUUAGCUCUUUGUGCAUCUCAUGGUUUACGGAAUAGUAUCUUGUAUUUUAUUAAAAGUUCCAGAGGUUGUCUUUUUAUUCUACCUUAAUUUAAACUCUUAGCAGCUCUACUGCAGUGAAGUGGUUAAUAUAUUUUGCAUUCAUAGUACGCAGAACAUCAUGUCUGACUCCGAGAAAAGAUCCUAUCUCUGUAAUAAAGGAUACUGAGCAACAGCAGUAUUUUUUUAAUAAAAGCAAAAUUUGGGAAAUUACAUUUCUGUGUUAUUUUAUGGAGCUGAUAAAGCUCUGUUUUACAAUGCUGGGUCAGAGCUGUCACUUUGAUUGUUCCACAAUAAGAAUCGCUUAUUGUCACGGAGAACGGUAAGAUUUUUUCUUACAGAUCAAUUUUAUGCAAUGACAAUUAGAUAGUGCCAGUUAUAUUUCCAGGAAAGAUGUUCCACACAAUAUUGUGCAAUAAAUUAUUUCUUCCCAAAUGCUCUCUAAACCCCCACCCCCUCUUAUUUGUAGGGCUUGUAUUUAUAAAAGCAAAGGCUAAAUGUGUGCAUUCAAACACUAACAUUGCAGAAGAUUGAAGUCAUGGUGAUUAUUUAUUAAAUCAUCUAGCAAAUUAUGGUAGGUCUUAAUUUCAUUGGCUCUAAAAGUUAUAAUACUUUUUUUUUUUAAUCUCAAAACGCUCUCUUGAGAUGCCCAUUUGUUUUCACAAAUCCGUGUCUUCUAACAAGUAUUCAUUAACCAAAACCGAGUAAUCUGCGACCUUUGCUUAGUGAUGUAUUUGGGUUUGUAGUACUACCCUAGACCUAUAUGUAAGCGCUCACACAACCAUGCAUUGUCAAAUCCACCAUUUUUACCAGGACAUUUAUCCCACCUGCAUGCUGUAGGUUGGUUAAUGAAUAGUGCGGCCUUACGGUGAGCAAAAUUUGAACGUUGAUAAUUUUCUCCAAUGCACGCAGGUAGAAGUGAUAUUUGUCCAAGACUCAUGCAGCAGACCCCAUACAUUCAGCUACACACUCAAUUUCUUUGUUUUUAGACUCAAAGUGACGGGAGGAAAUACUAUGUUUGCAUUUACUUUACUCCUAACUAUUGUUUUGAUUUAUGUCCCGUAAUAUUUACCCCUUGAGUGCCAUGCGUGUGCCAGUUCGUUCCAUACCUCAUUUCACUUUUCUGUGAGAUGAAGGGAAAACAAAAUUGCCACUUGUCUGAAAUGUAUACUAUUGAGUAAAACAUUUGAAAAUCAGCAAUAACUUGUUUAACCUUUUUUCAUGAGAUGUUUUUUUCUUAUUUUCAUUUUAUAUUAAAGAUAUAGCAAAUGAUAUUAUAAUCCAGUUCAAACAAAGAAAUGGCAAACAAUGCAAAUGAAUCAGAGAAAUAGAAACAUUGUUUAAUUUCUUCUCCUCUUUCCUCUCUCCUCUUUCCAUGAUUACUCUAUGCUGACUGCCAGGUGCAAAGGACAUAGCUUAUAAUAAUAAUGAACAGGGAGCAAAGAUGGAGGUACCCAGUUGUAGGGAAAGAGAUGUGUAUUUGAAGACAGUAGCAAUACUGUCAGGGUUGCAAAGGUAGGUAUUGCGACCAGGCCUUUGAGUUCCAGUUCAGGGCCCUCUUGCAAAAGCGUUAUUUAUUAUAUUACAGAGUUCCGGGCUGCCACUGUCACGUGUGCUGGGGUGUAACUAUCUCUCAGCACACAAGUGCUAAUUACUCCAGCUGAAACACUACACAUCCAGACUCCUACUACCAUGACCACUUCUAAAACCAGAACUGGUCAUUGUGGUUGUAGGAACGUAGGGGGAUCCUUAGCCAGGUCCCCCUAUUUUUUUAAUUAUUUUUUUAUUUUUGAAGCAAAAAAAAAAAAGUAAAUGUAGACGUAUCCAUAAAAUAACAUAUACAUAGAAAAAUUAAAAUUUUUAGGUAAUGGUAAAUCGAAGAUAUCACAAGAUUAUAGUUAAAGAAAAUAAGAAAACAGCUUACCAUAUGCACUGAUAGAAUUCUCAGGCUGAAGUCAUGAAUGACCAAUUAUAUGACAUGCUAAGAAAUUGUCUGAUCAGCGCCUCAGUGUGACCGCACCAGAUCAGUGCGGUCACACUAUCGCAGUGCCCGAUCGACACCACGAUUUGAUCGCAUCUGAUCGGUGCAGUCACACUAAAGGAGGGAGAGGUUACUCACCUCACCUCCAGAGCCUCUCCCUCCGUGCAGUUUGUAAUUCAGUGGCUGGGUCCAGUCAGGGCCAGAUUAAGAGCCCAGUGGACCUGGUGCUGACAAUUAUGACGGGCCUAAUUACAGAAUCAUAUCGACCAAAAACAGUAAAACACUCCCAAGCGUCAUGUAUCUGAUGGAGAUGGUGCUGGAGAGAAAGAAAACAGCAGCUAUAAGAAAAAACAUACCCUAGGCUAAUCUCUCACUAAUUUAUGUUUUCAUCUUUCAAGUAAAUCCAUAACCCCUAACAGCAGUGUCCAGUCAAGCAGGAAGUCAAUGGGCACGGUAAAAGGGUGUGCCACUGACACAAAUCAUGUAACCUGCCAAAAGGGGCGAACAUGCCCAAAAAGAGGAUAUGUCUGCCCAAAGAAUUAGAAGGCCAGCCUGGUGUGAAUGCAUGUCAUUCAUCAUGCAGCUGGCCAACUAAGGGCAUACUAUGCACCCUGAGCUUGGCAUAAAUGCAUCUAAUGAUGCGUUCGCUCAACGCUUUCUAAGGACUGUCCCCUAGCACUCGCUGGUCCACUUGUCUCUUUACCUUCUUACUAGCAGGCAGAAGCUCCUGGUAUAUAGUCUGGGACAGAGAAAAGCUGUAUGUAGUGAGUGUAGAAGAAAGGGAACAUGCCACAUUGUUAGAGAGACCAAAGUCAGCAUUACCUUAAAGGAUCACUAUAGGGUCAGGAACACAAACAUGAAUUCAUGACCCUAUAGUGUUAACACCACCAUCUAGCCCCCCUGGGCCCCUCAUGCCUCCAUAAAUAUAGCAAAAUCAUACUGUAGUCAAGCUUGAAGCUGUAACUCUGCAUGCUGUUAGACUCAGAAAAACAAGCAGUCUGCUGACAUCAUUAGAUGUGGUGGCCUAAUCCAACCACAGUGCUUACCCAUAGGAUUGGCUGAGACUGACAAAGAGGCAGAUCAGGGGCAGAGCCAGCAUGAUUCAAACUCAGCCCUGGCCAAUCAGCAUCUCCUCAUAGAGAUGAAUUGAAUCAAUGAAUCUCUAUGAGGAAAGUUCAGUGUCUGCAUGCAGAGGGAGGAGACACUGAAUGUUUGGAUGCAUUUUAGGCAGCCAUGACCCAGGAAGGAUCUCUAACAGCCAUCUAAGGAGUGGCCAGUGAAGUUAUCACUAGGCUGUAAUGUAAAGACUGCAUUUUCUCUGAAAAGACAGUGUUUACAGCAAAAAGCCUGACAGUAAUGAUUCUACUCACCAGAACAAAUUCAAUAAGCUGUAGUUGUUCUGGUGACUCUAGUGUCCCUUUAACUAUAUUCAUUGUCAGCCAGUCCACACAAGUUUUGUUCCCAUACAUCCCUCUUAAGUUUCCAUACUUAAGUAAGAGUAUGUGAAAAGUAGUUAGGGUUGCCACCUUUCUUGGAAAAACAUACCGGCCUUGCUAAUUUGCAUAAUUAAAUAUGUAUGGUGACAUCACAUGAUGUAAAUCACAAGGAGUGACAUAAGAGAAAAUGCUGUAAAAUCACCAAAAAACUACUUAGUUUGAUUCUGCUGUAUAGAUGGAUUCCUCCCAGUGGCCCCAUGUCUCCCAGUGCCCCCAUGUGUCGAUUACUUCAGGUCUCAGUGUUCCUAUGUAUCAGUGUCUCAGUGCCCCAUGUCUCCCAGUGUCCCCUAGUGUCGUGUCCCCAGGUCUCCCAGUGAUCCUAUGUAUCACAGUGUCUCAAUGCCCCAUGUCUCCCUGUGUCCCCAUGUAUCCCAGGGUUCCCAUGUCACUAGGAAGACGGGAAGACCUGGGGACACGGGGACACCUAGGGUCACAGAGACACCAGUGACACUGGGAGACUAGGGGACUCUGGCUGGGAUGCAUGGGGACACUGGGAAAAUAGGGGACACUUGAAGACAUGAGGACACAGACACCAGGGACACAGACACUAGGGACACUAGCUUGGAGACAUGGGGACAUGGCUGGGGGACAUGGGAAAAUUGAGACAUGGGGGCACUGGGAGACAUGGGGACAAGGAGACACCAAGGCCACAGACACUAGGGACACUAGCUUGGAGACAUGGGGACAUUGAGACAUUUGAGGCACUGGGAGACAUGGAGGCACUAGAAGACAUGGGGACAGUGAGACAUUGGCAGACUGGGGGCACUGGGAGACUAGGGGGCACUGAGACACCAGGGACACUGGCUGGGAGACAUGGGGACAGGGACGGCGCUUCCUAUAAGGCGAACUAGGCAGUCGCCUAGGGUGCCAUACUGGAGGGGGCGCCCUGCUCCCCCAUCGCCGGCCCUUUAAAUGCCACAGCCGCCUGAGCGCUCUAUAGAGAGCGCUCAGGCGGCUGCCGCAGUGCCUCACCUCCCCUGCCCUGUAGCGUGGCCGAGCUCCUUUCUGGUCCGCGACCCGGCGGGACUGACAGGAAGUGCACACUCAGUGUGCACUUCCUGUCAGUCCCGCCAGGUCGCGGACCGGAAAGGAGCUCGGCCACGCUACAGGGCAGGGGAGGUGAGGUGAGGAGAUGCUGAUGAGAGGGGGAGGGGGGGGAGAUCAUUUGAUGGGAGGGAGGGGGGGAUGAAAUGAUUUGAUUUAUGGGGAUGAGAUGACGGAUGGCAGGGAGGGGAGAUUAUUUGAUGGGAGGGAGGGAGAUGUGAUUUGAUGGGGGAGAUGAUUUGAUGGGACUGAGGGGAGAUGAUUUGAUGGGAGGGAGGGGGGGGAGAUGAUUGAUGGGGGGGAUGAUUUGAUGGGAGGGAGGGGGUGAUUUGAUGGGGAGGGGGGGGAUGAUUUGAUGGAAGGGGGGAGAUGGAUUUGAUGGCAGGGAGGGGGGGAGAUGAUUUGAUGGGAGGGAGGGGGGGAGAUGAUUUGAUGGGGAGGGAGGGGGGGGAUGAUUUGAUGGUGGGGGGGGAGAUGAUUUGAUGGGAGGGAGGGGGGAUGAUUUGAUGGGAGGGAGGGGGGAAGAUGACGGAUGGGAGGGAGGGGAGGGAGAUGAUUUGAUGGGAGGGAGAAGAGAAGAUUACGGUGGAGAAGAAGCGAUUACAGGGAGGGAAGGGGGGAGAAGAUUACAGGGGGGAGAAGAAGAGGAGAACACAGGGAGGCGGGGGAAUAAGAGGAAAACAUGGGGGGAGAAGAAGAGGAGAACACGAGGGGUGGGAGAUGAGAACGUAGGGGAGGGAGAGACCACUAAAGGAGGGAGGGGGCGGUGGAGAGACCACUAGGGGAGGGGUGUGAGGAGAGACCGCUAAGGGAGGGGGGUGGAGGAUAGACCACUAGGGGAGGGUGGGGGGAGAGGAGAGACCACUAAUGGAAAGUCGGGGAGAAAAGGAGACCACUAAGGGAGGUGGAGGGGAGAGGAGAGACCACUAAGGGGUAGGGGAGAUCUCUAAGGAAUGGAAGGGAGAGCUCUAUAGGACAGGGGGACAGGGAGCUCUUUCACACCACGCACACACACACACACACAAUGCAUCCCUAUACACACAGAAACACAACAUGCUUCCCUUACACACAGAGAAACACACAAUGCAACCCUUACACAUAAAAGACAAUGCAUCCUUUGCACAUAUACACAGAAACACACAAUGCCCCUUACACACACAUGCAAACACACACUGCUUCUCUUACACACACAGAAACACAAUGCAUCUCUUACACACACUCAACGCACCCCUUACAGACACACACACUGCAUCCCUUACAUACACAGAAACACACUUUGCAUCCCUUAUGCAUACAAACACAGAUUCACACAAUGCAUCCCUUACACACAACAAGAAACACACAAUACAUCCCUUAUACACACACACACACUGCUUCCACUACACACAAACACACUGCAUCACCUACACAAACUGGUAUCCCUAUACACUACAUUCCGUAAGCACACACAUUAGAUCCUCUACAGUAACACAUAACAAAUCCCCUACACACUCUACUCCCUGUGAGUUCAUGGGUGGAACAUGUAGGUGGACUUAUGGGUGGGCUUUAUGGGCAUACUCACCGUCAGGCCCUGGGGCCCAGACCUUGAGCUAUGUAAGAGGCCCCAAAAAAUGGAGCUGCUUCCCGUUCUCCCAGAACAUUGAAUUUUGUGACCACAGUUACAAACAGCCUCCAGAGAUCCUGUUCUACACCAGACCAGUGGAGCCAAACUGCAGCCAGAGCCCAUCACCAUCCUCAUCUGAUUGUAAGUAGGCAAUCUAGUAUAUUAUUAGUGACACUAAUCUCUAAUGUACCUCACAUUAAAUGGACACUAUAGUCCCCACAACCACUGCAGCUUAAUAAAGUUGUUCUGGUGUCUAUAGGUCUAUAGUUUGUCCCUGCAGGCUUUUUAAUGUAAACACACACUGUGUGCAGCACUGGCAUUAGUUCAUAUGGGUGGGGCAUUGCGAUGGGGCAAAUCCUUCUUUGCCUAGGGCGGCAAAAAUCCUUGCACCGCCCUGCAUGGGGACACUGGGAGACAUGGGGACACUGUCUGUGUCAUAAUGUCUCCCAAUGUCCCUUAGUGUCUCAGUGUCCCCAUGUCUCCUUGCAGCCUUUCCCCCCAUCCCUUACUUCCCUGAGCUGUAGGCUGUCUCUGCAGGGUGGGAGUUGCUGUCUGGACUCUCUGUAGCUGCACCCCUGCAGAUCAGUGAGUAUAGAUAGGCAGGGAGGGAUAUGCUGGAACGUCCUAUCCCUGCCUGUCUCCACACACAGUGACCCCUACUGGCCAGUGCUGGUAUUGCAUAGUAAUCUCUUGUUUAUACUGAGAAAAAUACCAGCAUUUGUAUUGCCAGUAUCACUGUACUAUUGGCACCAGCCAGGCAGCCUCAAAUACUGGCUGUGCCAAUAAAAUAAAAGCCAGAUGGAAUCCCUAAGAAUAGUGUGUGAAAAAUUUUUUUUUAUUUUUUUUUAUAAAUCAAAGGGCCUAUUCCAUGGGCCUGGGCCUGGAGCUGCAGCUCCAUCAGCCCCUAUGUUAAUCCGGCCCUGGGUCCAGUGUUAGGAAGGACGCCGGCCACUGCAAGACGGCACUAUAUAAUGACGCUGCCCACAAUGACAUUAGUGACGUGAACAUGCGUGCGGCGUCACAUUUUCACCGUGCACGCACAUUCUGGGGUCAUGGGACCCAAAUCAGCCAAUAGCAGGACUUACUGGGUUAUUUAAACCCAAACCUGCAGUUGUUCAGUGCUCUGUCGUGGUUUUCAUCCUGUUGGUUAUCCGAGAGCGCGUUCCUGAUUCUGAUAUUUGGUUUUUGAUCUUGGCUUGGCUGGACUUCCCGUAUUUCUGGUAUCCCUGACCCUUUGGCUUUGUUCUUUCCAUAUUUGUUCCUUUCUUUAUUCCUGACCUCGGCUCGUUACUGUUUAUUCUAUUACGUUAAUUCCGGCCAUUCUAAGGCCCGGUAAUACGUUGUUACUGUUUCUAUUUGUUACGUGUUUUACUUAAUUCUGCGUGUUGGGCAACUGGUUCGUCCUGACAGAAAUACUGUGUUAAAAUAAGUGAUCUCUGUGUAGACAGAAAGAAGCUCGGCCAGAGCAUUUGUAUGAGGCCACUAGAGCCACCAACUGAAAACCACUUAAAGAGCAGCUGAGGCACAUCAAAAUAAACCUAAAAAAGGAAAUAUGACAAAAGAAAAAAAAAACAUGCUAGAAAACCGUUCCCCAGCAAAGUCCACUGGCCUACACUCCCAGUCCAAAUGGAUCUCUCAGGAUGCAUCAAGGAAAGCAUGCUCGUUUGACCCAGGCCUUUACAUGAGCCCACACCCAUGGACCAUGCCAGUUUUGAUGGGCAAAUCAAGAUCUCUGGGGGGUCCCUCCCAGAUUGUGAGUGGUGUCGAAGAGGAUUUUCCUCCAAAGCCCACAGCCCAGGUAAGAAGCUGCCAUAAGGUGCCCCUGCUGUAGUCAGGUAGUCUUCUCACCUCAGGUAAUAUGUUUGAUGCAAAGGCUUGUCAGGAGGCGAAUCCCGUGAGCGCUGAAUGUCUAGAAUCAGGAGCAGAUCUUGUCAAAUGCUUCAUUAAAGGAUUCCAGCCAUGCAGGUUGGGGCAAAGAUGGCAGUCGGAGAUUUUUAACUGUGGCUGUAUCCACCGUAGAUUGGUACCACCUUUCCACUGGUCUCCCUCAACAGCAGGUUAGUCUUCAGUGGGGACCAGGAUAACCCCGCCAGUCCAAGGGAAGGGGGGGACCUGCUAUAAACACAGUAAACGAGGAGACUAUAUUUAAAAGAAGAAAAACUACCACAACAAGAGGACGUAGUCUAAAAUUAGAGGGACAAAGGUUUAAAAAUAAUAUCAGGAAGUAUUACUUUACUGAGAGGGUAGUGGAUGCAUGGAAUAGCCUUCCAGCUGAAGUGGUAGAUGUUAACACAGUGAAGGAAUUUAAGCAUGCGUGGGAUCGGCAUAAGGCUAUCCUAGCUAUAAGAUAAGGGACUAAUGAAAGUAUUUAGAAAAUUGGUCAGACUAGAUGGGCCGAAUGGUUCUUAUCUGCCAUCACAUUCUAUGUUUCUAUGCUAUACGUGAUGUCGUGAAGGUAGAGUGUCCCAGAAGACUGCAAACACAGAAGCUUUGGAUCACUUUCAGGGUUCCAGAGAUCCCUGUUUUAGGGCAAAGGAGCAGCAUCAGCAGUCAAUUACAUUGUUAGCCUUAGAUUUCUGACUCAGGAGGAUUAAGCUAUUUGCUGUUAUCAGUGAAAAAGGCCAUAAUCUGUUGGACCUGCUCUAACAUGCAGUGAAAAAUCUACACACACACAAAAAAAUAAUAAAGUAUGGUGAUGCUAGGUAACAAUACUCUUUAUCUAUGACAUUGCGUCUGGAGUUGAGCACAUUAUUUUUAUUAUUAUUGUAUUUAUGUUUUCUGGUUACACAAUCAAUAAAAAAUACUAAAGGGAUUAAAAUAGUAACGUUGGGGGCGUGGCUUGGCGCUCGGCGAGGACGGACGCAUGUGAGAGAGGCUCCGUCCUAAAUUGGCCCAAAAGCGACUGAAUUAGCAACGGUGACCACCAAACUUCACCACAAACACCCCUCAAUAUUGUCCAACAAAAGGGGAAAAGGAAUCCUGACAGCCCCGAAAAAAACGGAUUCUUUACGGCCCGAAACCAACCGCCAAAAGCCCAGAGCACGUCGGACCAAGAUGGCGACGACACACUCCCUCUACAGGGAUCCCCUGGGGAAAGAGCUCUCCCAGUCACUCAAGCUAUUCUCCAAGCAUGCCUUGACGAAAUGUCAGAGAAAUUGCUAAACAACUUUAACAAAUCUAUUUCGGACUUACGAAAAGAUGUCCAAGAAUUAGGAGACCGGACUGCCCAUAUGGAAAACCGCAUUGGGCGAAUACGCGGAGGCACACAAUGAUAUGGCAGAUCAUGUCCAGCAUCUGGAACAGGAACUGUCCGCGUGCCAAAACAAACUCAUGGACCUAGAAGACAGGUCGAGGAGACAAAACAUACGCUUCCGAGGUAUACCUGAAGCAGUUAAGCAAACAGACAUAGUAGCACACCUUACGGAUUUCUUUAAGACUCUGGCUCCGGAUCUCCCUGCAGACGUCCUCCUCAUUGAUAGGGCCCAUAGGGUUGCUAAGCCUAAAUUCCUCCCGGAAGAAGCCCCCAGGGAUAUACUCGCCUGUCUUCACUACUUCCAUGCAAAGGAAGCGCUAAUGCAGGCAUCCAGGCGGCGGAGGGAUCUCCCGGCCCCAUAUAACACCAUUCAACUAUACUCCGACCUCUCAGCAAGAACCCUGCAGAAGAGGAGAGAAUUUAAAUUGAUCACAGAUGCGCUCCGUCUCCACGAUAUGCCGUACCGUUUGGGACACCCAGUGCGCCUCCUCAUUCACAAGAAUGGAGUCUUCAAUACCAUCAUCACUCCAGAGGAAGGCAAGAAAGUCCUGAAGAAAUGGGGAAUACCAUUUCUACCCAGCGCCCACCCACGACAGGACAAUCUGCAACACCCGACCAAGUUACACUCUGACUGGAAGAAGCCGCGAGCUGGAGGGAGAGAUUAA